CGUCGCUCUCCGUGUCUGACGUCAUAUCCUGCCCUUAACCAAAAUGAAAGCUUAGGGCGCGAAGUACGAUUUGGCUCUCGUUCUGUGUUAGGUGGAAAUCGUUUUCAAAAUCGGUAAGCUUUCCGGCUGACUAUGGACCCAAGGUCCGGCAUGAAGACCCUGCUGCUUGCCGCCGCCCAGUACAAGAGCUGCAAAACCGAGAGCAACGGGGCAUCGCUGCACAGACAGCUGGAGGUAAGGGGAAUCCUGCUUAUAGUAACCGGGGGGGUGCACAGGAGGCUUUGGAAAUAGGUCUUAAAGCUUUCCCAUGAAAACUGACAUUACUAUUUUAUGGCAUUAAACCCAUCCAACCUGAUACAGGUAUUCAUGCUGAGAGGUGGAAAGUGUUGCUCUGAAUCCUGUAUUAUUUAUACACGGAGCAUUUCACUUAUAAAUCACAAUAACAAGGUUGUACACCAGAUUAGUUAAAGGGUUACUGCGAGCACCAUCACCACUUCAGUGGUUUGAAGUGGUCAUGCUGCAUGGAGCGCACUUUUAAAUCAUUGUGGCUGGCAGAGUUCCAGGCUGGCUUCUUUUAUGUGCAAUGUUUUUCCACUUUGUGUCAUUUGUUGGCUGAGAGUAGUCAGCUGAUCCUCGAUCAAUAUAAGGCGCCUGGAUCAAAAACGCAAAGUACUGUUUGAAAGGAGAAAAAAAUAUUCGAUUAGGUACAAAAUCUAGGACACUGGAUGUGUUUUACAUCUAAGACUGACACUUUAUCAGCAUAAAUAUUAUGAUGGUAAAGCAUCGGUCUUAGAUGCAAAACAAGUCCAGUGUUUUUAUAGUGUUACCAGAGGAAUAACAGGAACAAACCGCAGAAGCCAAACAUAGAGAUAUGGACACAAGUCUUCAGGAAGUAACAGGUCUUUUAUUUACACACUGAUCGGGUCUCACACUGAACUUGUGUUCAAAAGGUAUGAGCCCAGAGCAUAGUUUGCACAGGCUAUUUAUUAACAAUAACUCCUCCCAUUCAUAGCUCCACCCACACAUACCCUUAGACAAUCAGUGAACAGGAUAUUCAGGUUCACCUAGUAUGGGCAGACCGUAUGACUCCUUUUAAGGACAAAGGAAUGUGACUACAAUUGAUGCACAUGCUCAGUAAAUUGAUGACAGUAUCUUAGCUACAUGUAACUAAAAGAUACAACAAAUACCUGUACUUGUAAAUGCCACAUGGAGAUUUCAGGCCUACUAAAUUUUGAACCAUGUUGAAAUCACAUCACAUUCCCUCCUUUGAUGCUUCUGAUACAAAGUUAUUCCACAUGCAUCACUAAUCAUAAUUUGCCAACACCUUUCAAGUAACCAUGAGCCGGGACAGACCUUAUAAGCAUUCUAACUUAACUCUGUUACCUCUCAACACUCAUCGACCUGAUUAUUAAUAGUCUCUCUUUGGGUUAGGGAUUCAUAUUUCCAGAUGGCCAUUACAUGAGCAGCUGUCUUCCUUUCUAUAGUGCUCACACUACGUAUAGACCUAACUACUUAUGGAAUCAGACACGGCAGGAAGAGGCAUAAGAAAAUAAUAAAUACCACUCCUCCUACCAAUGCCUUAAUCCCACCAAGCUGCUCAUGCCAACUCCCAAACCAACUAUUUGGAUUAUACUCCUUCCAAGUCUGAGUGGUUACGUGCGCCAGUUUAACCAUAUUGCUGGUAAUGUCAAUCACUGCCUGCCCCUCAUCAUCUAUAUGCAAACAACAAGUACUAAGGUUAAACUUUCCACACACACUUCCAUUUACUGCCAGGAAAUAAUCAAGAGCCAGCCUAUUUUGGUAAAUGGCUCAUCUCAUGCGGGUAUUUUGCUUCGCCAAAAGGCUAAGGGCCUUAGCUGUCUCAUUGGUUAUUAUCUCAACCACCGCCUGUAAUCUUAUAAUGCGGUUCAGUGUGUGUGUGUAUGUAUAUGUGUAUAUGUAUAUGUGUGUGUGUGUGUGUGUGUAUAUAUAUAUAUAUAUAUAUAUAUAUAUAUUAGUGUGUGUGUGUGUGUUCGGUAACCAUAAGUACCAUCUUCAGCCCAGGUAGCUGUAACGAUGCCUUACCUUUCCUACUCGGUCCUGCGCUGCACAGCAUCCUCUUCCGGCGAGCGGCACAGCCCUUCUGACGCCGGCCGCUCACGACGCACAUGUUUUUAUAAUACGGCGCAUGCGCUCCGAAGCCGGCAAGCUAAUGCCGACGUUGGUCACACGCGACCACGCCCCCGAACCUUCUGGGGGCGUGGUUUUAAAGCAAAAUACCCCACACUAUAAAAGGGCGCCCCUGUCACUUGCAAGACGCCCUAGUGUUGUUCUUGUUAGUACCUCUAGUGCUUAUAUUCUCGUUUAGUGUUGAUUCCCUGUUUAUUGACUUUUGGCUUUCCCUUUUGACUACUCUGCUCUCUGGUUUUCCCGUACUUUGGCUAGGUCUUAUCGUUUAUCUGUCUUCUGUACUCCUUUGAUCUCUGGCUAUCCAUUUGACUACUCUAUACGUUAGUCCGGCCACUCUAAGGUCCGGUAUGCGUUCUUCUCUGGGUUACAUUCUGUGAGAAGGGGUCACUGUCGUGACAUUACACUAGGGCCAUGGACCCUGCAGGUGUUAACCCUCCUGGGCCAGUACCGGAUACUCGGUUUGAGGAAUUGGACCAUCAUAUGGACCAGAUCGCUCUAGCCGUACAAACCUUACUAACCCGUACCGCUCAUCUCCAAAUGGAGGAGCAAACCCCUACCCAGAGACCUCAUGAACACCCUAUAGAAAUGGUUGCUGCUAGCUCUUCCAAUCAGGCUACAUCCCCUCUUCGAUAUGGGGGUGAUCCUAAAGGGUGUCGGGGUUUCUUGAACCAAGUCAGUAUUUAUUUCGAACUCCACCCAAGAGCAUAUCCAACUGACAGGGCUAAAAUUGGCUAUAUAAUCACCCUAUUAAUCGAGCGUUAGUCUGGGCAAACCCCUUAUGGGAGAACGACAACCCGAUAGUUUUUAACUAUGCUGAUUUUGUCGCAGCUUUUAGGAGAACCUUUGACCCCCCAGGGAGAAGGACUAACGCUGCCAAAUCUCUGUUACGUUUGAGACAAGGUCCACUUUCCCUAGUUGACUAUGCUCUGGAAUUCCGUACUCUUGCUGCUGAGGUUAGGUGGAACGAACAAGCAUUUGUAUAUGUAUUUAUGAACGGAUUGUCUGACAAACUCUUAGAUGAAGUAGCUACCAGAGACUUACCUAAUACUCUGGAGGAAUUGAUUACUUAUCUUGCUCACAUUGACGAACGACUCCGGCAUAGGCAAAACACUAGGGAAAGACCUAGAAGGGUGCCUGAACGUCUAGCCUUGACUUAUCCCUCUUCUGAGAAAACAGUGGUUACUCCUCCCGAGCCAAUGCAAUUAGGAGUUACACGAUUGUCUGAGACAGAGAAACAAUACCGUAGAAGGGAGGGGUUAUGCUUGUAUUGCGGUAAGAAAGGACAUUCCCGCAUUACAUGUCCUAACCGACUGGAAAACUCCCGCACCUAAGCCCUAAAGGGGGACAGGCCUUGGGUGUUAUGUGUAUGUCCUCCUUCAAUGAUAAGAGUGAUCUUAGGCUUCUUCUACCAGUAACUAUUGAAUGGGAAGGAAAAAGGGUAUCAACCACUGCUCUUAUAGAUUCUGGGGCAGCUGAGAAUUUUGUGGAUCACAAAUUCGGUAAAAAACUUGCUCUCCCCUUCCAAACUAGAUCUGCACCCUUGGCUGUUGAGGCCAUAGAUGGUAGACCACUGUCGGUACCUCUGAUCACUCCAGAAACUACUCCUCUGGUAUUGUCCGUAGGUUCCCUUCAUAAGGAGAUUAUAACCCUGCAACAAAUAACUUCUCCCAUUUUUCCUGUUAUCCUUGGUUUCCCUUGGCUAUCCCAGCAUAAUCCUUUAAUAGACUGGGAAAGUAAAAAAAUUCUAAAAUGGGGAGAUUCAUGUCUCAGAAGGUGUAUUACACCAAUUAAACCAGUAGGUCUAAUUAAUAUACCUACUAUGGAACCCUUAACCACUCAGAUACCCAAACAAUAUUCUAAUCUUAAAGCGGUCUUUGAACCACGAGAGGCAGAAAAAUUACCACCUCACCGUGCAUGCGACUGUGCCAUCGACCUGUUACCCGGCACUAUGCCCCCUAGAGGCACUGUAUAUCCCCUUUCUAUAGCUGAGAAUAAAGUAUUAGAAGAAUACAUUAAAGAAAAUUUAAGAAAAGGGUUUAUUACUAAAUCAUCAUCUCCAGCGGGCACCGUUUUUUUCUUUGUUUCCAAAAAGGAGGGAGACUUAAGACCCUGCAUUGAUAAUAGAGGAUUAAAUAAGAUAACUAUACGGAACGCUUAUCCGAUUCUAUUAGUUACUGAACUCUUCGACAGGUUGCAAGGAGCAACUAUUUUUACUAAGUUGGAUUUGCAGGGAGUUUAUAAUUUAAUCAGGAUUAAGAAAGGGCAUGAAUGGAGGACCGCAUUUAAUACUCGCUAUGGUCACUACGAGUACCGGAUCGUGCCCUUCGGGUUAUGUAAUGCCCCUGCAAUCUUCCAAGACUUAAUUAAUGAUGUUUUAAGGGAUUAUUUACAGAUGUUUGUAAUAGUCUAUUUGGAAGAUAUAUUGAUCUACUCUAAGAACAUGGAAGAACACUAUAAACACGUCAGGCUAGUUCUUUCUAAUUAAUAAAAAAAUGGACUCUAUUGUAAGCUAGAGAAAUGCUUGUUUCAUAAAGAGGAAGUGCAUUUCCUAGGUUACAUCAUAUCUGGAACCGGUUUUCAAAUGGAACCAAAAAAGCUAGAAGCUAUUCAGCAAUGGCCCUUGCCCGUUGGACUGAAAGCCAUCCAACGCUUCCUGGGGUUUAAUUAUUACGGGAAAUUUAUUACGGGGUUCUCCUCUAUAACCGCCCCUAUUACUGCCAUGACUAAAAAGGGAAGGAAUCCUAUGGAAUGGGGUCUAGAAGUUAAGAGGCUUUUUCUUCAGCCCCAGUCUUAAGCCAUCCCAAUCCUUCCCGUCCUUUUUUACUUGAGGUAGAUGCAUCAGAAACCGGUAUAGGUGCUGUACUAUCCCAAAGACCUUCUGAUGAUCAACCCCUACAUCCAUGUGGGUUCUUUUCCAAGACGUUAACGGAGACGGAAAAAAGAUAUGAUAUAGGAGAUAGGGAAUUGUUGGCUAUUAUUUCGGCCCUUAAAGAAUGGCGUCACUUGCUUGAAGGGUCACCCAUCCCUAUCACCAUUCUUACUGACCAUAAGAACCUUUCUUAUUUCGGAGAAAUAAAAAAAAAUGUCAGACAGGCAAAUCCGGUGGUCAUUAUUCCUAACCCGUUUCAAUUACAUUGUCACAUAUGGACCGGAGUCGAAAAAUACGAAAGCUGAUGCCCUAUCCUGCCAAUAUGAGCAUUUAUCACCCCCCAAAGACGUGUUGUCCUCUAUAAUCCCUACUGACCACAUAGUAGCCACUGUACAUGCUAAAAUCUCUUCGGGAUUAAUGGAAGAACUUACUAAAUUCCAGGAUCGUUCUUCAUUAACUGUUCCCCGGGGAAAAUUGUACGUGCCCUUAACUUAUCGUAACAGGGUCCUCUCCCUUGUGCAUGAUUCCAAAUUGGCAGGGCACCCAGGAAUGCAUAAAACAGAAUUGUUGCUUGAGGAACAGUUCUGGUGGCCUUCAUACAAGAAAGAUGUUCGUGAAUUCGUUCUUGCAUGUAGUAUCUGUUCCUCGACAAAAUCUCCCAAAGCCCGUCCUUUUGGUCUUCUCAUGCCAUUGCCGAUUCCAAAUACACCCUGGUCAAGUAUUGCUUUGGAUUUCAUAGUGGACCUACCACGCUCUAAGAAUCACAGCCUUAUAUUGACUAUUAUAGACAGAUUCUCUAAAAUGUCCCAUCUGGUCCCACUUGUCAAAUUACCUUCUUCUUCCGAACUGGCUUCCGUGUUUAUAAGGGAAGUUGUCCGGUUACAUGGAAUACCCCAAGAUAUUGUUUCCGACAGGGGCCCGCAAUUUGUUUCACUGUUCUGGAGAGAGCAUUUUGUAAACAAUUGGGUAUCAACCUUAGUCUUUCUUCCUCCUACCAUCCCCAAUCUAAUGGGGUUACGGAAAGAAUGAAUGAAUGUCUAGAACAGUAUAUACGCUGUUUUACUUCGGAACAUCAAGAUGAUUGGGUUGACUUGCUGCCAUGGGCGGAAUUUGCCCACAACAAUCAGGUGCAUGAAUCUACUCAACACAGUCCCUUUUUUUUAUCAAUUACGGUUUUAACCCUACUACUCUUCCAAGUUCCUUUUCUUCUACUGGAAUGCCAAGUGUUGACAGCACUGUCCGGAAUUUGAAGGAAACUUGGUUAGGGGUUAAACAGAUCUUGAUUCAAAGGGCCAAGAUUAAAAAAAAUCAAUGCGGAUAGGCAUAGAAGGGGUGCCUCCGCGUUCAUGGUCGGGGAUAGAGUAUGGCUGAGUGCUCGUAACAUAAAACUUAGUCCCGUCCAUGAAGUUUGCACCACGUUUCAUAGGACCUUUCCGACUCAUUCAAUGCAUCAACCCUGUAUGCUAUAGACUGCAUUUGCCAUCUGCCAUGAAGAUUCCGAACUCUUUUCAUGUGUCUCUUCUCAAGCCUUUAAUCUGUUAUCGUUUUACUGGAAGUCCCUCGAAACCUCUACCUCCUGUUGUUGUAGAGCAAGACGAAUAUGAGGUUAAGUCCAUUUUGGAUUCCCGUAUUUCUAGAGGGAGACUACAAUAUCUAUUGGAUUGGAAGGGUUACGGUCCCGAGGAACGUUCAUGGAUGGAUGCUUCCGAUGUUCACGCCUCCCGCCUGGUCAGUUUCUUUGAGAGGAGGUGUUCUGGAGGGGGGGUACAGUAAUGAUGCCUUACCUUUCCUCCUCGGUCCCGCGCCGCACAGCAUCCACUUCCGGCGAGCGGCACAGCCCUUCUGACGCCGGCCGCUCACGCCGCACAUGGUUUUUAUAAUACGGCGCAUGCGCGCCGUAGCCGGCAAGCUAAUGCCGACGUCUGUCACACGCGACCACGCCCCCGAAUCUUCUGGGGGCGUGGUUUUAAAGCAAAAUACCCCACACUAUAAAAGGGCACCCCUGUCACUUGCAAGACGCCCUAGUGUUGUUCUUGUUAGUACCUCUAGUGCUUAUAUUCUCCUUUAGUGUUGAUUCCCUGGUUAUUGACUUUUGGCUUUCCCUUUUGACUACUCUGCUCUCUGGUUUCCUGUACUUUAGCUAGGUCUUAUCGUUUAUCUGUCUUCUGUACUCCUUUGAUCUCUGGCUAUCCAUUUGACUACUCUAUACGUUAGUCCGGCCACUCUAAGGUCCGGUAUACGUUCUUCUCUGGGUUACAUUCUGUGAGAAGGGGUCACUGUCGUGACAGUAGCAGGUCCAUAAUAAUUAAUAAUACAUUGGGGAGACCACUCAUCAUCUUCCCACUUACCUACAUUCAAUGAUGCUCGCUUCUUUUUAUGAUUUACAUCAUAAACCUUAACUCCCAAGGUUUCUCCCGUUUCAAUUGGUAACAAGAAGGAUGGUUUGAGCAUACCUAGCAUACCUAGCACACAUGCUCUCUCCCAAUCUUGUGGCAACUCAGAGUAUGCUUUCUUACCACAGAUCCAGUAUAAAUUCACUGGGGCUUUCCAAUUGGAUGUAACAGAUACCUAUUUCAAAUUGGUGUAAUUGGCAACAGGAUUAGUAGGUUCCGAGACAUUUGAAGCUGACCACCAAGUAGUAUCUUUUGUAUCAGCAUUAUAGGCCUUCUGUCCCAGACAUGUUAACUCGCCAACUAAUGUAUUAUACAGUGGCCCUUUCUUGGCUAAACAUACAUGACCUAUAAUGUUUUUAACUACCAUUCUGAUUUACCUCUAGUACUUACUUGAUGAUCAGACUGAGCAGGCAUCUGUUGUUCAUCUUUCUCAGAACCAGGGUACCAAAUAUCUUUUGUCUCCCAUAUUAGUACCUCCACAUACAAAGCAGUUAGUUAUAUUAAGACUACCUGCAAUACUUUCAGCCAAAUCAAUACAUAGGUUCUUAACAUUAUGGGGAAUUUUAUCCUCAACACUCAUCUCAUAAAAGGAAUGGAGUACCUGAUGAGUCUGAGCAGCUGUUGUUUCGGUUUCAAUACCUACAUAUAAUAUGGCUCCCGGAUCUGUUCCUGUACCAUGUAUCUGAAACCCAAAAAGACUCCCAAACGGAUUACAUUCCAUGGUUUUACAAUACGGUGUAGCAGUGGUGGAUCCAGAAGCUAAUCUCGGGAGGGGCACUGGCAGAUUAUUUUAAGAAACAAUCCAGGCACAAUAACCACUACAGCUCUCUGUAGUGGUUUUGGUGUCAGGAGUUGCUGUGGCGCCCUCCCAGAGUAAGUAUUCAAACCGUUUAAAAAAAACAUUUGAUAGGUCUGCCGGGAUAGGGGUUGUAGUGUGUAUGUGUGUGAGGGUCGCAGUAUGUGCAUGGAGGGAUAGUGCGUGUGUGAGAGGGGUGCAGUGUAUGGGGUAGCAAUUUGUAUAUUAGGAGCAGUGUGUUUGUGUGUAAAAGGUGCAGUGUGAGUGGUGCAGUGUGUUUUUGUGUGAGGGGUGCUAUGUGUGUGUAUGGGGGCAGUAAGUGUAUUGGGGGCUGUGUGUGUAUUUGGGGUUAUGUGUAUGGGGGCUGUUUAUUUGUGUGUGGGGAUAGGGGGGCAGAUUCAAGAUAAUUUUUAUUUUUUAUUAUUACAUAACUAAACAGGUAUUGCUAACCUCCCCCCCCCACCCUCCUUCUUAUCUUUGCUGAGGAAGGGGGAGACAUUGCUUUUUUUUGGUGUUUCUAGUGGGGGAGUGAAUUCUAACCUGCAGCUCAGGCUAGAGUUCACUCUCGCGAGUACGGAGCAUUGCCAUGGUAACGCUCCGUGCUCGCGAGAGGAGAACCCGGUGGAGCUGCAGGUAAGAGCUCCCCCGGGUUCUCUCUCCCCCGGGUUCUCUCUCCCCCGGGUUCUCUCUCCCCCGGGUUCUCUCUCCCCCGGGUUCUCUCUCCCCCGGGUUCUCUCUCCCCCGGGUUCUCUCUCCCUCGGGUUCUCUCUCCCUCGCCCUCCCCUGCCGGCUGCCAGCAGCCAGCAAUCUGCCUGUGUGGGCCAGGGAGGGAGAUCACUGAUCUCCCCUCCGGACCGUGAUGGCAAUGAGCAGGGCUGGUGCUUGGAUAGCACCAGCCCUGCAUGGGCCGGUAGGGGAGAGCCUCGGGCAGCUAUAUUUUCUCGGGGGGAGGGGGGGCAAUUGCCCCGUUGCCCCCCCUGGAUCUGCCAAUGCGGUGUAGUGGGCAACCUUUGGAUAAUCAUGUUUUGGUCUACUAUCUUUCCCCAGGUCGCCCACCCUACACAUGACCAAUAUGGGCAGCAGUUAAAGUCUCUAUUUGGGCAGUCAGGAUCAGUAGAUCUUUUACUAGGGCAUAAAUAUUUGUUGUUGAACCCAUAAGUUCGUUCCCAUUUAAGAUUACCGCAUACAUUCCAAGGUUUUCCACUACCCAAAAUCACCUUACAUGCAUCAAAUAAUAGAAUACCCGUAGAAUGUAUGGUGCAUAUCAAAGUCCUAUUUAUCAAUGUCCCCUGAGAGUUACUAUUUCGAAUUACCAAGCAAAUUGUACGGGAUUGGAAUUGGGGAUCGAAACACUUAGGAUCACCUGAUAUCGGAUGACACACAAUAAAAUCGAUAUCUAAGUACCUAGACACAUAUCCCUUACAUUCAUAUUGUGAGUGCCAAAUUAGGGUCUGGGAUAUCUGGUUACCUGUUUUCGUAGUCUUAAUACAACUAACACAGCUUGGGAUAUCCUUACCUUUUAUCUUCCUGAAAAAUCACAAAAAAUACUAAAGCACAUUAUUAAACACCUUAUUCUUGUGAUCCUCAUCUUAAUUCUUCGACCGUGCGACGGCACCUCAGCUUCCCACUUGUGAGGGCUGCAAGGAUUGUAGUACUUCUGAUCCUCCCUUACCUUCACAGAGGUCACUUCGAGAUACUCUAUGAAACGUAGGAAGGUGGUGAGGCUUUAUUAUGACCGUCAAAACACCUACUUGUUGAUCUCUGCAACUUUCAACCACGAUUCUACAAAAAUCACCUCAUACUUCUCAAGUCACGCUUAAUUCGACUGGGUCAUGCGCUUCAACCGGAUCUUGCAAGGAUUCUCAUGAUCUGGAGUAGCUUGCCAGGAAUCUGCCGCUGGUUUAACCCUAGAAUGAUGAAUCCGACGUGUCACCUCUGCCACCUUUACAAUGCACCAUGGGUAUGAGUUGUUAAGAAGUCAAAUCUUGAAUCCGUAUAGAUGUUCACUCUCAACCCCUUAGCUAGUUGCAAGGCCCUUAUCAGUGCGAUUAAUUCCGCCUUCUGUGCUGAUGUCCCUUUCGACAAUGGCUGUGCUUCUAUAACCUUGUCUAUGGUGGUUACCGAAUACCUUCUUUUACAAAGCUACCAUCCGUAUAGUACUGUAUAUCUGGGUUCUGGAUGGGAAAAUCAUGGAGAUCUGGCCUGCUAGAAAAUACUUCAUCCAUUAUUACCAGACAGUCAUGUUGACUUUCAGCAGUCUGUGGCAGAAGGGUAGCUGGAUUGAGAUUGUUGACAGUCUUAAGAUGUACUCUUGGAUUCUCGCAUAGCAUAGCCUGAUACUUGAUCAUUCUGCUAUUGCUGAACCAAUGAUUACCUUUGUAAUCCAGUAGGGGUCUGUACUGCAUGAGGUACUCGCACAUAGAGUUCCUGACCCAAUGUAAGUUUGUCAGCAUCCGCUACCAACAAAGCUGCAGCAGCCACUGCUCGUAGACAAGGUGGAAGACCACUAGCCACCUCAUCCAGUUGUUUGGACAAGUAGGCUACAGGUCUUUGCCAUGAUCCUAAGUACUGAGUUAACACUCCCAUGGUCAUUCUUCUUUGCUCAUGCACAUAUAGGUAGAAAGGAUGCGAGUGAUCUGGUAGGCCUAGGGCUGGGGCACUUGAUAUCUUCAAAUGCCUUCUGUUGUUCUGUGGUCCAUUGGAAGGGAUCAUGUUCCGUGCCUUUUACAGCUUCAUACAAGGGUUUCGCCAGUAUCGCACAAUUAGGAAUCCAUAUCCUACAGAAUCCUGCUGCUCCCAAGAAUUCUUGCACUUGUCUUCUAUUCAUGGGUACAGGUAUUCGAGACACUGCUUCUUUUCUUUCAGGUCCUAUUGUUCUUUGACCUUCAGAAAUAUGGAAUCCUAAAUACUUGACAGUUGGCUGACACAAUUGCGCCUUCUUCUUUGAUACCUUGUAACCUGCCCUCCAAAGAAUAUGGAGUAGAUCAUGGGUUGCUUGUUGGCAUAUCUCUUUAAUAACUGCAGCUAUCGAGAUCAUCUAUGUAUUGAAGCAAUACACAUUCCCCUGGGAUGGAUUUGAAGUCUUGUAAAUCUUGACUCAGUGCAGAUCCAAAUAGGGUAGGUGAAUUCUUGAAUCCUUGAGGCAACCUGGUCAAAGUCAUCUGACACUUUGAUCCCGUAGCAGCAUCUUCCCAUUGAAAAGCAAAGAUGCACUGACUUUCAACAGCAAGUCGAAGGCAGAAGAAAGCAUCUGAAAGAAAAGAAGCAGUGUGUCAAAUACCUGUACCCAUGAAUAUAAUCACAUGGCUCCCACGAGUGGUGCAGUGGGAUUAUUGUAUAGGACGUCCCUGUCCUUCUUCUAGUUGUUCUUGGAGUCUCAGGACUGAAGAUAUAAAAAUGGUAAGAAGAUUGGUACUUCUAAAAAAUAUAUAUUUUAUUACAUAUAUAAAACAAUGUAUAAAAGUAUAAGGACUGCUCUUUUUUUUUAAAAAGAAAAAGGGAUGAAAGAAGCAAAGUCCAAAGCAGCCAAAUGGCUGUCAAAGUUCAUAAAACUGCACUAAAAGGUAAGGGCCAAUGUUUGCGUCCAAGUGUCCUUAGUAAAUCCGAUACGCAUUUCGCCCCGUAUGUGGGGCUUCCUCAGUCGGUGGUGGUAUGUGUGGGCUCUUUGGCGUCCUUUUAUGCCGCUCAUGCGGCUUACUUCCGGGUUCCGAUAUCGGCAUUUGGAACGCACGGUGCGUUCCAAACGUCACUGGCAUCAUUUCCGGGUCCUCGUUCUGGCGCCUCUGUCGUCAUUAUGGAACUCACAUGCGUUCCGUAGUGAAAUUCUUUCAAAGAACACAUUUCUUAUUGUCAUUAUGUUUCUAAUCCAGUUCUUUAUUGUGCAAACUCUUAAGGAAUCAUUAAAAAUAUUAACUUGUAUACUUUAUGCUUUAUACAAAUAUAGUGCAAAUAAGGGAUGGUAUUAUAGUAUAAAAAAAAAAAUAUUUUGAGUUAUAAAAUGUAACAACUCUAUCAAUAUAUAAAGUAUAUAAGCUAAAUAGCAUACUUCUUUUAUAUUAACCCAGUGCAUAAAGUUUUUUUGCCACCUUAUAUGGCUGAUAUAUAAGUGUGUGAAAUAUGAAUAUGAGAAGUGAAAAAUAUAUAGAAUCUUCUGUAUUAACCAGGUGCAUGUUUAACUCUAACCUUAUUUUUAUAGUGUACAGGUCUAUACCAAUGUUAAUUUUUAGUGCAUACAAAGUGCUUCUAAAUAGACAGUAAAAUCCUAAUAAAAAUGACAUAACUCAAAAUCUAAAUUUAAAACAUUUGGUACCAGUGUGUUAAAUUUGAAUAUAAAUUUAAUUUCUUCUGUCCCUAUUUUUUUACUAUAAUUUCCGACUCUCCAAUCUUUUUUAACAAGUUUUAAGGGGCAAAAGAACAUAUUUUCUAGAUUCUGGUUGUGGUAUUUUUUGAAAUGGUUAGAGACUCUGUGGGUCUCUAAACCAUUUUUUAUGUUACGAAUGUGUUCUGAAAUUCGGACAUGGAUACAUCUAAUGGUUCGGCCUAUAUAAAGUAAGAUGCACGGACAUUUUAGAACAUAUAUGACACCCUUCGAAAAACAUUUAAGCUGGUCUUUAAUACUAAAAUCUCUGUUAAUGUAUUUUUGUAUAUUGGUGAGGUGUCUUUUUUUUUUUUUACUUUUCGUGGACUUGCACGCUAGGCAGGUACCCAAGCCAUAGAAACCGCUUCCUUGGUUCAAAAUAUGUUUGGUGACUUUUGGGCCCUCGCUACUCUGUACUAAUGACCUUUUGAGACUUGCUGCCCCUCUGUGUAUAAUUUGGGGUUGUAUCGGUAAAAUUUCUUUUAAAAUAGGGUCUUCUUGUAAAAGGUACCAAUAUUUAUUAACAAUCUUUCUAAUUUUAUUGUUAUGGCCAUUGAAAUUACAUAAAAGGGAUCUUUUGGGUAUGCACUUCUGAAUUUUUAGAUUUGUAUGUUAGAAGUUCUUGUCGUGAUCUCUUUCUUACUACUUCCAUUUCUAUAGUUAGUUGGUCUUCCUCAUAUCCCUUCUCUACAAAUUGUCCUUUUAUUCUUGUGGCUUGAUGUAUGUAAUCUUCGUCAUUGGUACAAUUAUGUCUAAUCCUUAAGAAUUGGCCUUUAGGUGCAUUUUUUUAAACCAUGGUUUGUGGUGGCAGCUAUUCCUCUCAAGGGUUUGCAUUUGUUAUUACAGAGUAGAAGCUCCAUUCUUCUUCUUUUGGUACCAAUACUGCUAUCAUGCCUGGUGAUUUAUUAAACUUCAGAGACGUUGAUCCAUUAGGUAGAAAAGUUAUCUGAGCUUAAAGCUUUGAUAAUAGAUCUCGUCCUAGAAGUUGAAUUGGACACUGGAAUAUAUAGGAACUGGUGCUUCUAUAUAGGAAAUGGGCUCCUAAAAUGCAAGUGCGACUCCUGAGAACCGGUCUAGCCGUGCUUCUUCCAGUAGCUCCUAUUACAGUUACAGUCUUUCCAGAAGGAGGAGCUACCAACUUAGUCACCACAGAAUGUUCAGCACCUGUAUCAAUCAUGAAAGGACUUCUCUUUACCCCUAUUGUUACAUCGACCAUAGGCUCCGCUCGGCCAAGGGGGAUGGAGCCCGGUCGGUAUCAAUAGUCUUCCAUGACAAUGUCAGCCAGACCCACGAAAUCUCUAUCUUCCCUAUCUCUAAGUCUCUGAGUAGGGGGAUAAUAUCUUCAUUCCUGAACACCCCCUCUGUCAUUUCCAUUAAAUCCUCCAAAACUUCCUCUUCCUCGUACUCUAAAGCUACCACCGUAACCACCUCGCCCCCGUCUCUCAUCUAGUCUACCAUCUACAAUAUAUCCACUCUGUGGGUAGUCACUAUUCCAAUGUCCUUCCUCUCUACAAUAUGCACAUUGAUCUCUGCCUAGUGGUACCCUGCUCAUCCUAGCCUCAACUCCUCUAUCCAUCUCCCCUCCUUGUCUCGCUACACCUGUGAUAGCUACCGCUAACAUGUCUGCUUUCUUCCUCAUUUUACGUUCCUCCUCACGCUUUGUCUGUUUCCCUAUUCAUAUAUACUUUAUUUGCAACCUCCAUUAACUGUGAUAUGGACAUCCCUGCAAAUCUCUCUAACUUUUGUAAUUUUCUCUUGAUAUUGUUCUGGGCCUGGCUGACAAAUGCUGAGUUAAUCAUUCGGGCAAUAUGUGGUGGACCAGGGGUAAGCCGGAGAGGCAUUUGUAAAUGUCGGGAUUAAAGGGUACCAGUCAUUUGUCGAGUUAGUAUGGGACUUCGAUAGGGUUGUUUAGUAACAGGUUCCGAUCUGGGAGUAGUAAGGUAGGUGAAAGGGGGUGAAUUAAUUUUACUGGUCAGCAUUAGGUGAUUGAAAAAUAAAAAUGUGUUUAAACCAAAAACCUGCCAGUAGGUGUCACAAGAGGGUAAGUAAUUGUAUCAAAAUAGUCUUUAUGGGUCUAACAAAAAAACUUGGCUUUUAAUAUAUUUAUACCUAAAAUAAAACCUUACGACAAGAAAUAUUAAAAUAGGGUAAGCAGUCCUACUUCUGUCUGUUGUAUGCCAUUAUAGAGUUAAGGAUGAUUAAACGGUCAUUAAUAUUUUAAACAAUGUAACUCCCGAAAAUAGCCAGUAAGUGACCCUAGAGUGCUUCCUAAAGUCUAAUGAAGCAGAUAGACUUUAAUUAUGUGAGACAGGUAUGUGGGUAGGCGAGGACAAUAUAGCAGGGGGAGUACAAAUACAAGCGACACCAGUUUUAGCAUGGGAGGAAGAGUAGGGGGUUGGGAAUCAGAUGCAAGGGGGGUGUCCAAACUAGGUGGAAUUAAGGCCUUAGUGGACAAACAGGUUCUGGCUACCAUGGACUCCAUUGUUCCUCUUAACACAGCUUGAUCCAUUGAGCAGUGUUUCAACAAUCUGUAUGCAGAAACUACUUGUAUAGCCCCAGCAUAUUAUUUAUAACAAUGUAAACCUGCUGUAUUAAAUCUGGAUCAAGGAUCCACAGGGUCACUGGUUGCCAGAACAGGCCGUCCUCUGCUACACAGAGUAUCUUAAUCUUUUGGGGGGCAGUGUUACACCAUAAUCACAAACAGCAUAUUCUUUAGAAAAGUGUUUGUUUGUUUUUUUUAAAACAUAUAAGACAAAGGACCGUUUGUGAAUCAGAAGCACCCAUGAUUUCAGCAGAGCGUCUGAUUCAAAGCAGUACAAAUAUACAAACCGUUUCAACAGUCACACCAGUUACCUUAGCAGCAGCACCACGCGGCACGGUUACUAGGCCCAAACGUACACACACGCACAGGAUCCUGACACGCGCAACAAUAUCACGACGUCGCACACACGAAAUUAAAUCAAAAACCCACCAAAGACUAUACACUUAUCAAUGUAACUAUUAUUCAAACCAUACAAUUAUCCACACUAUUAAUCCACAUAAACUAACUGAUCACAUAACAUUUCAACAAUUUCGUCUCUACAGUCAGUGGUUAUGGUACGGUUAGUAACUAUUGUACAGUUUAGACAAUUAUGAUUUUACAGUUACAAUAUCAGUUAGUACACAUGCAAGGUUAAACAUUAAUUUUAGUAUUUUUUUUCACGUAAUAUCAGUAGUUAUGGUACAUGUCAGUGGUUAUGGUACCUGCGCUAUUUUACACUAUACACACAAUUUACACGUCCGCUAAACGGCAGAGCUCAAGCUUUCUAGCAGGACAUACAAUUCACCAGUUACAACUUAUUUAACAACAUUUACAACAAACCUAACUACUCUAAUUGGCCAGUACCUCGAGAACUAUCGAACUAUUUACACCAGGAUUCGGUUAGUUUACGUUGCCCAAGCACCACAUACAGCGAACUAGUGGGCGGAAUUUACAACAGUACCCAUUUAGUCUAUUUACUCUAUCAAUAGUCUAGUGGCUGAAUUUACAACAGGGCACAUUUAGCCAAGAUAGGUUGAGAGCUAGCAGACUAAAUGUACACCAGAAUCUGCUUAGUCUCGCCGGUCUCCCCGACCUAGCGACCGAAAUUUACACCUAGACACGCUAGUCAAGACAGGACACCGGUGUCCGGCAUAAACUAUUUACCCCAGGAUUUAGCCUGAUCCAAAACACCUAUAUUAGGCUGGCUGACUACAGAGCGUCUAAUUUCCAGAAAAGCGGUGCACCUUUGCUUCUUCCCUCCAGAGGGAAGGGGAGUCCAAUAACCUGUUCCAAAUAUAAAACCCCUUGUGGGCAUACCACUCUAACGGUAUCAGUCUUACCUCUUAGUUCCUGGACCUGGGUUCACACUCAUCGACGGGACACCUCGGUACUCACUGCGUCGAAGCCGAUGAUCUCCUGGACAACAGGCCAGUGGCGCCGAGAAAAAGGGAGGUCCACGCAGUAGAAGUCCAGGGGUGCAGCUGUGGAGAACGUUGGUAAAAAGCUUACCGUCUCAAAUCUCUGCGCCAGCUUCCGUGCGAUGAGGUUCCCGGACCCAAUGCACCAAAAAUGUUACCGGAGGAAUAACAGGAACAAACCGCAGAAGCCACACAUAGAGAUAUGGACAUAAGUCUUUUUAGGAAGUAACAGGUCUUUUAUUUACACACUGAUCGGGUCUCACACUGAACUUGUGUUCAAAAGGUAUGAGCCCAGAGCAUAGUUUGCACAGGCUAUUUAUUAACAAUAACUCCUCCCAUUCAUAGCUCCACCCACACAUACCCUUAGACAAUCAGUGAACAGGAUAUUCAGGUUCACCUAGUAUGGGCAGACCGUAUGACUCCUUUUAAGGACAAAGGAAUGUGACUACAGUUGAUGCACAUGCUCAGUACAUUGAUGACAGUAUCUUAGCUACAUGUAACUAAUUAAAAGAUACAACAAACACCUGUACUUGUAAAUGCCACAUGGCAUAUUUUUUUUAUAUAUAUAUAUAUAUAUAUAUAUAUAUAUCAUUUAUAUAUAUUUAUAUAUAAAUUUUUAAAAAAAGUUUUUUUAUAUAUAUAUAUAUAUAUAUAUAUAUAUAUAUAUAUAUAUAUAUAUAUAUAUAUAUAUAUAUAUAUAUAUAUAUAUAUAUAUAUAUAAAUUUUUUUUUUUAUUAUUUUUUUUUAAAGAAAUAUUCUUAAAGGUUACUCCAAGCACCAUGACCACUUGAGUGACUUGAAGUGGUCAUAUUGCUUGGAGUCUGUAUGUACAGUGUUUCACUCUUGUGACCGCAGCUGGUUUCCCUGUUUACCACUACAACAUAUUAAAGCAUAGAAUUUAGCAGGGCUAACCAUACAAAUAUCUUGGCCAUAAUAUUAUAUAGUUCGUAAGAGUUCCUCUAUUUAAAAUAUAUUUAAAUAAUUGAAUACAAUAAAAAUAGGGAUUGCCUUGGAAGCAAUAAAGGUUUUUUGUCUUUUUAAAAAAAAUUUUAUUAAAUACAAAUAUAGACAUAUUAAAAGUUAAACAUUCAUAGCUGAGUUCACGAAAUUAAAGUAUAUACUUGCAAUAUCAGUAAAACAGAAUAACGUACCCUCUUGAGUAAGUCAAUCCCUCAGUCAUGAUAAAAUGAAGCAGCGUCUCUGCAUCCAAAAUACUCUCCUGUGUCCUGUGUGCUGGACGAAUCAGCCGCGGCACGAAUAGAAUCGAAGUUUCAUUCAUUCUAAUGAAAUUCCGAACAGACUCCCGAAUUGCUUCCUAACACGAAUGGAGAAACUGUUCUCAUUCUGUUAGGACGAAAUUCGGUAGUUUUGCCGGCGUUCUGCCAGACCGUCCGUUUUUAGUCCUCACUUUAUGGAGCACUUAUAGCACUUAUGCACUCACUGGAUGUUUAGCACCCAUUAUUCUUAGAUUUCUUUCUUUUUGGGGUUCUUUUGGAAGCAAUUGAGAUGGCAUAUAUAGAUAUGAGAUACUAGCAUAGAACACCCUCCAAGGUGUUUGCAUAGGGGACUCAGGGACUAGCAGCUCGGGUACUUUUAUUAUUAAUUUUGUUGAUAACAAUUUGCUCUGCAUUAAUACUUGUCCCUUCAUCUCAUUUCUACCUCUAUGAGAUAUCUGAAAGUAGCUAUAUUAAGGGGACAUGGACACUUCUAAAUGCUGCUUCAAUAGAUAUUAGUGAGCAUAUACUCACCUUGUCUGAAGCAUUUAGAUUAUCCUGGGCAAUUUUUCCCACCAUCACCCCUCUGUCUUGGCUAAAGCCUUGUUGCCUUGUUCAUUUCCUGCCUCUUGUUUCUAUUGUUAUGUCUAGCAACCAGAGCACUAUUUAGUGAACCUUCCCUAUACUAAUCCUGUUUAUUUUGGAUUUACCAGCCACCAUUGGAAUCUAUUAUAGGCUGCUAUUUGGCUGCUUUUUGAUGCCAUUAAACUAGGAGAGGGGAUUGUGGUUGUAAUUCGCAUAACAAUUUUUACACUUGCUUCCCAGCGCAGUUCCCAUCUGUUUCUUUAUUUUCCUGUUUUACCCAUUAAAGUAUUUUCUCAUUAGAUACUAUUGGUACUUGAGGCUGUAGUUUUUAUGAUGACUGGUGAUAACUUUUUAAUACAUAGAAUACAACAGCCACAGCAAUUGGUCAUCUUUUUCAUAUGUGGAUAUAUUCCAUUGCAUUUUUUUCCCAUGUUAAGAAUUCUAUAGUAGUAUUCUACGUAGGUAGAUUUUUUUUUUUUAUUUUUUUUUUUUUUUAAGCAUAUAUAUUUAUAUGAAUAACAGAAUAUACAGACUAUGCCAGAUUAAUUCAGGACUUUAAUGAGGGUAUCACUUUCUUGAUAGCACGGUGCUUGUAAACUAGUUUCAUGUAGCCGAUAAUAAAGAAUCAUCCAGCACGUAUUUAAGUGCAUAUAAUAACUAUUUUAAUGCAAAACCUGACAGUAUUGAACUCUGAACUUAUUUUGUGCCAGAUUCUUGCCAUCUGCAAGGUUGCUCGGCCAAAAGUGGAGAAUACACUCAUCAGUCAUAUACACCCAAAAAAAAUAUCUGAAUGUGAAAAGAAACACUCUUCUUCUCAUCACACCGGUUGAAGAAAAUGUAUGUAAUAUUGUCAUGGAUUUACAAUAAUCUGUUUAUGACUUCUAGGUUAUCACUGGAUUGAAACUAAACAAAUUGUUUGCAUCAAACCAAAUACUACCAAGUGAAUGUCUGAGCAGUCUAGUGGAACUUAUUGAAGAUCCAAAUACCAGUCCUUCCAUAACAUUGAAGACUAUUAACAUGCUCUCUAGUUUAGGUAAGUUUAACAUGUGAACAUAAUUUCUGUAAAAACAUUUCCUUUCAAGGCUUAGUUAAGUCAUAUUUAUAAGUCCUCUUUUUCUCUAUCUAUUAUAAAUCGAUUACGAUAAUUUAAUUCCCACAGUACGGUAAAGGGAAAAAUAUAAUUUAAAAAAAAGCAUUGUCUGUUUCAAACCUGCACUUUUAAAACCCUUUAACCCUUCAUCUAUCUAACCUCACCUCUGAUUUUAACAGCUCAAUUUUCCAUAUCUUAAAAACACAGCACCUAUUCUCCUAAUAACAUUCUCCCUUCUAUUUUUCACUUUCUCCAUCACUUCUCUUAUUAUUAAAAUCUCUCUAUCCUUCUACUUACCUGUUACUGCUGACACAUCUUCAUUGCUCCCUCUCUACUUCCCUCAUGUCUGUAUUCAUCACAUGCACUUUACUCAUGCCUACCCAGCCUUUCUCCACAAACUCCUAAAUCCUCUAAAUUGCAAGCUCUCACCCCAAACAUUUUACAUCUUACUCCCACCUUCUCUUCCUUUCCAUCCUACUGCUCCUGGCAGCUGGCUUUGUCUCUCCAAACCUUGGUCCCACCUCCACUAACACAUCUUGUACUAACAGAAACAACAACUAUCUCAUAUCCAUUCCAUGUAACUCACUAUAAUUCAUCCUUUAAAGCUGCCCUCUGGAAUGCACGCUCGGUUUUCAGCACCAUUAAAUCAACUUCCAUCCAUGACCUAUUUAUCUCUCACUCUCUAAACCUAUUUGCACUAACAGAAACAUGUCUCUCUCCCUCUGAUAACAUAGCUGUUAUCUAUUGUUCCCCUUGUCUAUUCCUUGACCAUUUUUCUGCUUGGCUUCCCUUUCAAGUAAUAUAUAUCCCUUCCCUAAUUCUUGGGGAUUUCAACAUUCCCAUUAACCCACCCUUGACCUCAGUAGCUUCCAAACUAAUCUCUAUUACCUCCUCUCUUGGCCUAUCACAGUGGGUAAAUACACCCACACAUGUAGCUGGCAAUACCCUCGAUCUUAUUUUUUUCUAAUGUAUGCACUAUCUUUAAACUCCAUAACACUCCUUUUCCUCUCUCAUAUCACAGCCUAUUAUCAUUUGUUUUAGAGAGAUCCCUCACUUGAACCACCCUCAACUCAGAAGGGAUCUGAAUUAUCUUGAUCUCCAGCAACUCUCAGCUAAUCUCCAUUCCAAACUCUCAUCUAUCCCUACCUUCUCCUGUCCGUCUCUGGCUAUCUCCUAUUAUAAUGCUACCCUCUCCUCUGAGGCACCGCUCCAAACAUGCACUCUUCAGCUGAACGCUGCUGGAGGAAGUCCUGCACCUUGACAGACUUGAUCCUUAUAUUCAGAAUUUUGCUAAAACCUGUCGAUUCCACCUUAAAAAUAUCGCCCGCAUCCGCCCCUUUCUCACGCAAGAUGUUGCCAAGGAGCUUGUUCAUGCACUGGUAAUCUCUUGCAUGUAAUUCUCUCCUAGUUGGUCUCCCCAAAAGCCGAACAGCUUUGUUAAAAUUAGUAUUGAAUGCAGCCGCCAGGCUAAUCUUUCUCACCUGUCGCUCCUCCCAUACCUCGCCCCUCUGUCGAUCCUUACACUGGCUUCCUGUAUCCUGUAGGUGUCAAUUCAGAAUACUAACCCUUACCUAUAAAGCUCUAACCAACACAUUUCUUCACUGAUUCAUAGAGAUGCCUCUUCUCGGUCUCUCUGCUCUUCCGUUGACCUUCUGCUGUCCGCUGCUCAUACCCUUACUGCUAACUCGCUCUUGCAGGACUUCACGGGUAUACCCCUUCCUUUGGAACAGCCUGCCUACCCCCAUCAGACUCUCCCCUAGUCUUCAAUUGUUUAAAUAGUCCCUCAAAACACAUAUGUUCAGAAAUGCUUAUGGACUCCCAGAGUAACUUAUCUAUACCUAUCCAUGUCUUUCUUUUGCGUCCUAAAGAGCCACACUUCACUCUCACCUCCUGUUCUGCUACUUUUCCACCUUGUUUGGUGGCUGUCACCCUUGCUGCCCUGUUGUGUAUUUGUACCCCACCUCCUCUAGACUGUAAGCUUGUUUGAGCAGGGCCCUCAUCUACCUAUUGUUCCUGUGUCACUGUUUAAUUGUCUCAUUUAUUGUAAAUUUCCCCCCCUUACAAUAUUAUGAAAAGUGCUGCAGAAUUAGUUGGCGCUCUAUAAAUACCAAUAUUAAUAAAACACAUUUUGAAUGGAAAUUUAAAUUCUUAAUGUUCCAACAGUUUAAAAUCCUAUAAACUAACCAGCAUUAAGAGCAUUUACAAAUAUAAAGUAGACCAGUGGCUUGUGGAAAAGAAAGGGCUUUAAACAAGACAUUAUUUAUAUAGCGCUAACAAUAGAAAAUGACAAAUAUUUAAUUUUAUCAAAACGUAACACUUAUGGGAAUAAUAGGUGAAGAUAGCCAAACAAACUCACAAUCUAACUUCUGAUGUUAUAGUCUGUCUCUUAUCAUCUGUGAUUUAGGCCUCAAUUUAUUAUUUUUUAAUAAACUAUUAAAAUUAUUUAAUAUUUUAAAAAAUGUUAAAUAUAUAUUUAAUAUUAAUAUUUUUAAAAAUAACUAAUUGGAGCCUUAAUUAGAUUUUCUAUCUGUAAGUCUUCGCAAAGCACAAAUGAUGGAUCACUAAUGUUGUCAUCUUUCAGUGAGGCAAGUGAAGGCAUUUAGCCCAAGUGCUUUAGGUCGAUUUAAAAGCUGUGUUCAGUUUCAUCAGUUUUGCUUAUAUUUAACCUUUUGCUUAUGCCUUUUUAUUUUUUUUAUUUUAGCCCUGGACAUUGAGACAAAGGAAGCACUUCAUUCAACAUAUAAUCUUACUAAUGUUGUGGCUGGUGUUGUUCAUCACUAUAGCUCCAUACUUAAUGAUCCUGUUUUGUUGCAGGUAUAGUAAGAUAAUGUAUUUUAGUGAGUAAAAAUUUGAAUAAUUAAUAAUAAUAAUGCCAACUUUUUUUCCUUGAAGUGCCAAUACGGCAAUUAAACCUCAAUACUGAGGUUUAAGUUUAGAAAAAACAACUCGUACUGUUGUCCGAACUAAUUAACAACUGAGAGUUCAAUGAUACAAAUUUUAAAUGAUAUAAAUAGAUCAAAUGAAGCUUAUAUUUAUUAGUAUCCCCAACAAAUGCAAUACAUACACACACUGACUGCUGAAUACAUACACACACAGUCUGCUGAAUACACACAAGACUGCUGAAUACAGAGACUGAUGAAUAGACACUGACUGCUGAGUACAUACAUACACACACACACACACACAGACUGUGUGUGUGAGGGGUGGUGUGUGUGUGUGUGAGGGGUGGUGUGUGUGUGUGUGAGGGGUGGUGUGUGUGUGUGUGAGGGGUGGUGUGUGUGUGAGAGGGGUGGUGUGUGUGUGUGAGGGGUGGUGUGAGUGUGAGAGGGGUGGGACAAAGGUGUAUUUAAAAAAAAAAAUAAAAUAAAAAAAAAAGUAUGCUAAAUCAGUAUUCUAUGUGUGUGUGUAUUGAUAUGUAUAUGUGCGUGUGUAUAUAUAUAUAUAUAUAUAUAUAUAUGUGUGCAUGUGUAUUUGUGUAUGUGUGUGUGUGUGCAUGUGUAUUUAUGUAUGUGUGUGUGCAUGUGUAUUUAUGUAUGUGUGUAUAUAUGUAUGUGUGUAUAUAUGUGUGUGUGUGUGUGUGUGUGUGUGUGUGUGUGUAUAUAUAUAUAUAUAUAUAUUUAUUAGUGUGUGUGUGUAUGAAAAAAAGCCAGCACUCUAGGUCUUGUAAGUAAAAAAACUUCACAGGUUUUAUUCCAACAGUCAGUCAACGUUUCAGUUCCAAUUGUCCUUUCUUCAGGACAUAAAAAAAACUUAUAUUGAGAUAUAUAUAUAUAUAUAUAUAUAUAUAUAUAUAUAUAUAUAUAUAUAUAUAUAUAUAUAUAUAUAUAUAUAUAUAUAUAUAUAUAUAUAAUGAAAAGACUUACUCACCCCAACCUCGAUCACCUGUGUGCCGGCGUACAGGUGAUCGAGGUGGGGGUGAGUGAGUCUUUUCUUAUAUAUAGUCAAUAUAAGUUAUUUACUAUUAAUAAAUAAAAAUAUUAAUUCUACAUAUAUAUUUAUGUAAUAAUUUUACAUAAUUCGGUAUUUUAAUUACAAUUAGCUGGACGUCCCUGACAACCCAUGCUGAAAGUAUAGGGAAUUUAAUUUGCUAGCACUAUAUUUAACCCUAUAACUUUCCAAAACACCAUAAAACCUGUACAUGGGGGGUACUGAACACAAAUAUUAGUGUUUCAAAACAGUAAAAUGUAUUACAAUGAUGAUAUCACCAGUAAAAGUUAAAUUUUUUGCAUUUUUCACACACAAACAGCACUUACACGAUAUUAUUGCUGUGAUACUUUUUACUGUUUUGAAACGCAAAUAUUUGUGUUCAGCGAAGUCUCCCGAGUACAACAGUACCCCUCAUGUACAGGUUUUAUGGUGUUUUCAAAAGUUACAGUGUCAAAUAUAAGGCUUGCGUUUCAUUUUUUUUUUUCUCAUUAAAAUUCGCCUUCGCUUUUGAGACCCUAUGGUAGCCCAAGAAUGAAAAUUACCCCUAUGAUGGCAUACCAUUUGCAAUAGUAGACAACCCAAGGUAUUGCAAAUGGGGUAUGUCCAGUCUUUUUUAGUAGCCACUUAGUCACAAACACUGGCCAAAAUUGGCGUUUUUUUGCAUUUUUUACAUACAAACAAAUACUAACGCUAACUUUGGCCAGUGUUUGUUACCAAAUGGCUACUAAAAACGACUGAACAUACCCCAUUUGCAAUAACUUGGGUUAUCUGCUAUUGCAAAUAGUAUGCCAUUAUGGCUGUAAAUUUCAUUCCUGUGCUACUAUACAGUCUCAAAGGAAACGUAACCAAUCUGGCGAAUUUCAAUUUCAAAUGUAACUUGCUAUAUUUGACCCUGUAACUUCCCAAAACACCAUAAAACCUGUACAUAGGGUGUACUGUUUUACACGUGAGACUUUGCUGAAUACCAAUGUGUAUUUUAUUGCGGUAAAAGCAAACUGUAUUAUGACAUUCACAGUUAAAAUGUCAUGUAGAACUAAAAAAAUAAAAAUAAAAAUUCUCCCAUUUUUCAUAUUAAAUUGUUUCAUAGCUAAAUAUUUGAUAUUAAAUGAAUGCCCUGUUUCUCCUGAAUAAAAUGAUAUAUAAUAAGGGUUGGGUGCAUUUAAAUGAGGUGAGUUACAGUUGGACAGGCAUGUAGCGCAAAUGCCAGGUUUUGUUUACGUUUAGUUUUGUUCACAACGUCUACAUUUAGCUCAGUCCUUAAGGGGUUAAAUUAAGGGAUUUAUUUUUGUUUGUGUUAAAAGCAGCUACAGAAGUAACAAUUUUGCAUUUUUGUUUAUUUCAGAGUAUUCAACUGCUUCAAAGAUUGACAUAUAAUGUUAAAGUUUUACAUGCAAGUAUCAAUAUCGAGGAAUUAAUUGCAUUUCUGAUGAGCCAUAUGUAAGUUACCCACAUAAGGAAAAUGUCAAUAUUUUCAUUACUCUUACAUAGCAACAAAGCAUGAAAAAAUAACAGUAUACAUUAAAUGUUCAUGUUGUUGGGCUUGCAGCAAAUGUUUAUACAGUAAAUUUUGACUGUUAAAAUUAUUUGUGACGAACAAAUGGUACCAUGUCACAAAAGAGUGAAAGAUGCCCCCUGGAUAUGUCUAACAGUAUAAUGUGGUAAACAAAUUUCCUAUAGUUAGAACUAAAAUAGUAGCAACUUGAGGAUUGGGCAUCAAAAAUGAAAAAUCUUUAAAAAAAUAAAUGAUUAAAAAAAAAAAAGGUACAAGCCUUGUAAAGUAGGGAAAGACUGAUUAUCGAUCUGACCGAUAUUAUCGGCCGAUAUUCUGUAUUUUCGUCAAUAUCGGUAUCUGCCUAUAGAGUUACCGAUAUUGCCAAUAAUACAUACCAGGACUGCCGGGCCCAUUACAAGCCCGGCGGUCCUGGAGGGUCCGCAGCAAGCUCUUAUCUUCCCAGCAGCUCCCUUCAGCUCACCGGUCUACCAUGGCAACGCUCCGCGCGGCACGCAGGCCACGAGAUUUAGACAGGGGAGCUUUAAGGAGCUGCUGGAAAGGUAAGUAAGAGCUUGCUGCGGGCCCUCACUGCAGAGUCCAUGCCACCGGAUCACCAGGGAAUGCUAUAUCCCACCUCCCUGGCAAAGUAAGAAGCAGGGAGGGGGACUAAAAAAAAAAAAAUAGGAAAACAUUUUUUUUAAAAUAAAAAAUGCCUCCCCUCCACACUCACUGCAUUCACUAUACGCACUCACUGCAUUCAGUAUAUACAUACUGCAUUCACUAUACACACACUGCACUCACUAUACACACACUGCACACACACACUACAUACACUGCAUUCAUUACACACUGCAUUCACUUUACGCACAAUACACAAACACACACUUUGUGUAGUGUGUGUAUAUAAUGAGUGCAGUGUGUGUGUGUGUGUGUAUAGUGAAUGCAGUCUGUAUUUGUGUAGUGUGUAUAUAAUGAAGGCAGAGUGUGUUUGUGUAGUGUGUGUAUAUAAUGAAGGCAGAGUGUGUAGUGUGUAUAUAAUGAAUACACACUACACAAAUACAGAGUGCAUUCACUAUACACACACUGCUUUCACUUUACGCACACACUCCAUUCACUUUACGCACACUACACAUACACACACUCUGCAUUCAUUAUAUACACUACACAAACACACUCUGCCUUCAUUAUAUACAGAUUGCAUCCAUUAUAAACACACUACACAAACCCACACAGCUCUCUUGUCUAAACACACUGCAUCCACUACAUGUGGCAUGUAUAUUUUAUGCAUUUUUAGAAAUAGUUUAUUUUUUCAAAAUGAUAAAUGUACAGAAUAUCGGCAAGUUAUCGGCCUGAAAGUUCACAGAUUAUCGGUAUCGGCUCUAAAAAAAAAUCAAUAUUAGUUGAUCCUUAUUGUAAAGGCUUCCUCUGUACCUAAAACCUAUAAUUGGUAACAGCCAGAAGCAAAGCUAUGCGUAGACUAAAGUGAGAAAAGGAAAUGCUUUAAUCAUCUGGCCAAUAUGCUUACAAUAGUCAACCCCCUAUCGAUCUAAUGCCCUCACUUAUGGCGCAUAAAUAACCAGUAGGUAUGAUAUAACAUUCAAAACGUGUUCUAUAUAGGGAAUAUAUAAAAAAUAAUAAUCUCUUAUAACCCUGCAAAGGUAUUUAUAAAUCAAGUAUCCAUGGAGUUUAAAGAGAUAGGAAGACAGAUCAUAGUAAGAGUAAGCCUCUCUCCCUGUAGAAACUCGCUAGAUAGCCAGAAAAAUUAUUAAAUCAUUAUGAAAUCAAAACACAUAAAUCAAAAAGAUGUCACCAAAUGUGGCAAACAAAAAGUGAAGUGCCCAUAAAAACAGAAAAUAACCCGUCGCGCGUUUCGGUGCUCAGCUACAAUGAGCCUGAUCUCCUUUCUAGGCAACUAAGCCCCGUGGGAAUAAGAACAAAGGAGUGAACUUCAUCAGUGGGCCUGGAUACUAGUCGUAUUAUGUCAUCAUACUGGUUAACACCUGCCCGUGACAAAAUAGCCAAUCAGCAUACAGGGGAGGAGUGUGUGAAUGGGUUUAUGAAUGGAUAUUCCUGUGAAUAAGUAAAAAAUUUAACAUCUCUCAUCGAUCUCCUUAAGGUAUCAAUAAAAAUCACAGUAACUCAUAGGCAUUCAGUCCGAUAGAGAAUCAGUCUGAUAAAGUAUCUAUACGUACAUAAUAGGUCUCAUGGUGUUAACCCGAGACACACUCACAAUGAAAGGUCCUCUGUAUGUAUAAAAACUAAACAGUGCGAUAUACUAAUAUACAUCACUAGAUAUACACAUGUAACGGACCGUUGUGCUCACCAGAGGUUAAAAACCAUUUAGGCGAAAUUUCCCCUUUCUCAGCUACACCGACAGCUACUGUAAGCACCGAUCUCCCGAACUGGAAACACAUGAACACUGGAAAUAUCCGAACAGGAAAACCAUACGACAGGGUUACACUCCUGGCAGUCAGCAUACAAUCCAAUUCCCCCAAUAACGAGACGACACUUCGUUUUGAGGGUUAAGCAGAAUCUCCUGAUUUAUUCACACAACAGGCUUAUAAAGGAUUCUCCCAGGCAAGGGAGGGAUUUGGGUUAUAGAGCUUGGGGAGGAUUCGUAUGAAUCCCCUUGUUUGUGUGAUCCUUUCUACCGAACGGCGGGCCGUUCAGUAGUUUCCACACAAAUUCAUGGAAGUCUGGAGGUCUCAGCGGUGUUUGCCUAGUCGAGUGUCCGAUUUUAGUUCCAGACACUCGACGGCAAAACACCGCUGUUCGGGAGUUUAAGAUGGCCGCCGCCACGUGUUCGUUUCCCGAAUGGCGGCCACCCAGAGGACAAAGAACACAUUACAUCGAUACAAUGUUGCAAACGGUAACUGGAGGCACACUUAUUCCUGGGUGGUCUGGUUGUUCGGUAGUUUCACUCAAUAUAAUGAAUGGAGUGAUUCUACCGAACAAUCAGGGGAAUGCUGCAUAUACCUAUACAAUCUAGCCGAACACACAGAAACAUACAUAAUAUAAAAGACAUCCUUACUGUAAUCUGCUACAAAGUCUUAAAGGGAUAUUGUUCCUAAAAAGUCAUAUGUCCACGGAUGGCCCUUAAAGGGCCAGUAGCAGCAAUAUAAAAUACCACAUGCCCAAAUUUUGUAUUCCAAAGUACAAAUUCACCAGGGGCCAUAGUCAGCAGGUAGGAGGCAGGCAGCCAGGCCUCUCCAAUGUCCAGUGGCGAGGCGGCUUUCGCCACAACACACAAGAUAAUUUAUAAGUCCGAUCGUGUUGAAGACUUAGAAUAUAAAGAGUAUACGCGUAUGUCUUCAGACAUUAAAUCGUAACCAGGCUCCAAAGUCAUUAAGGUAUCAACACAAAAUUAAGGAAUAAGUGAAUAUCACCUCAAGUGUGUCAUUACUAGCCUCAUUGUGUAAAAGGUAUUAUGGGGUGGAAAUCACUGGUUAUAUAAGAUCUAGUCAGAGUAAAGGGCACGUAUCAAACAGUUGGUGGUGACCAUCAUGCAUGUAUCAAUAUCAGUAAUGAACAGUUACCAAUCAUGAUUAAAAUCCAGAUUUGAUAUCAAAUAUAGUGAAUAAUUCAUUUUAAAGGUCCAACAUACAGGAGAUAUUAUAGACCAUAUCUAUGAUCAGUGGCACCUAGGUAUUAAUAUUAUAAGUUAUCAAGGGCUUAAUGAAGUUUAUAAAGGUUAUAAAAAACAAAUGCUGAAAAUGAUAAAUAAUUGAAAAAUAAACAAAAAACAUUGCUAAAUGUUUAUACAUAUUUACAAAGUAACAGUAGCCCUAUACUGAAAAUGAAGAGCAUGGGGAUCUAAAAUAGUGUUAUAUUAGAUAAAGGUAAUGCUACGAUUUAUUCUGUGACAAAUUAGGUAUACGAAAAGCCCUCACUAAGGCCUGAUGGUGACAGAGUUCUCAUCUUGUAUAUCCCAUCGCUUUCUCUUUAGAGUAGCUUCUUGUCCAGGUGUCCUUUCCUGGGUCCCAGAUUAACUCCCAAUUCCACAAAAUCGUAUCCCCUCAGCCGAGCCCCCAUGGCAAAUUUUGAAAUGUUUUGAAAUUGGGGUCUCAAUGUGUCGAGCGGGUUUAACGUGGUCAAGCAUCCGUUUCUUAAAGGGUCAUCUUGUUUUUCCUAUAUAUUUCAACUGACAGCUGCAGGUUAGUAGAUAUACCACUCCUGCAGUUUGGCAGUUAAAACAAUUAUUUUGUUGUGAAUGUUGUAUUGCUAUUGGAAUCUGAGCAGCUUUUGGAGUGUAUGAGGAUGUAUUUACAGGCUUUACAUCUCCCACACUGGUACAUUCCAACAGUGGGGGAUUUCAGUCAUUAAGCUCUUGAGGAUGGUGCUUUCAGGUGGUUAGGUACCAGCAUAUCUUUGAGGUUAUGUCCCCGUCUUGCUGUAAUCGCCAUCUCAGAUGUAGUAAUUGAUGAAGGUGUUUAUCUUGACCAAGUAAUGGCCAGAACCUCUCCAAAAUCUUUUUGAUUGAAUACCAUUCUGCAUCGAAUUUCCCAAAUACAUCUAAUUACUUCUUUAGGGGAUUUAGCCGGUGGGAUUUCAUUAAAGGACCACUAUAGGCACCCAGACCACUUCAGAGAAACUGUUUCACUGAGGGUUAAUCCAGCCUCUAGUGGCUGUCUCCCUGACAGCCGCUAGAGGCACUUCCCCUAUUCUCCGUGUGAAAAUCGCAUUGAACUCACGCAGUGAGAGUUCAGAUCCCCAUAGUAAUGCUUUCUUAUGGGCGGUUUGAAUGCGCACUCACUCUGGCCGCGCAUGCACAUUAAUCUCCAAUCGAACUGACAUCGGCAGGGGAGGAGAGGUCACCAGUGCCAAGGGAGCCUUGCGCUGGAUUAAGGUAAGUGGCUGAAGGGGUUUUAACCUCUUCAGCCCAGCGGGAGGGGCCCAUGAGGUUGGGGGUGGGGUGGAUCUAAUGACUCUAUAGUGCCAGGAAAACGAGUUUGUCAUAUUUUUUUUAUUAUUAUUUUUUUAUAAAUCAUUACAUUGUUAAACUUUUUUUUAUGCCUGAUCCUCAAGUUGCUACUAUUGUAGUCCUUACUAUAGGAAGUUUGUUUACCCCAUUAUACUGUUAAACCUAUCCUAUCCAUCUUUUCACUCUUUUGUGACACCUUAUAUGAUUUAACAGACUCAUCGAACGUGUUAAUUGUGGUUUCUGUGGUUGCUGUAUGUGUGACUAAUAAAUACUCUUUUUGAAACUGAUUCUAUGUUGGUGAGUGAUAGACAAAUUAUUUGUUGAUGAUGGGUGUUCUUGUAUAAUGUAGGCAACUAGUGGAUUCCGUAUCUAAUGUAGUUGUAUAGUGCUCCAUAAAAGUCAGUCUUGGAGAUAUAAAUUCUGAACAAAGUUUGUCCUUGGUUUCUUGUAAUGAUUAUGCACUGGAGAUGAAGAAAUCCAUGUUGUUGUAUCUGAACUGAACUUUAUUUUUUUUUUUUUUUUUUAAAUCAAAGAUAUAUUUCUGAGGUCCUUGAAUCCAACUUCAGUAUUGAGCCACUAGGAGGCAGACAUAGCUUUCUCCCUGCUUGCAGAUUACAAAAUAUACUACUUUUCCACCACUUGCUUCUAGAUAUUAUUUAGGGGGUUUCUUAUAUAUAUAUUAUUUACUUAUGUUUAUUGUGUGCAUACCUGUAAAUUAACACUACUUAGAUAUUUAAAUGUAAUCAUUAAUUUUGUAUUUUACUCAUAGCUGGUAUUUAAUAUUGUAGUGCACUUAUUUUUUUAUUUAUUAUCUUCUAUUUCAGUCAAUCUACAGAAGAUGAACUUACAAUGCCAUGCCUUGGAAUUAUGGCAAACCUUUGCCGCCAUAAUCUUUCAGUCCAAGGUCAUGUGAAAUCUUUGGUAAGAAAUUAUUUAGGUGAUUUGCAGUAUCUACAUUCUGCUUCUGAUUUUGAUUUAAUUCUACAAUUUUUGAUUACUGUUGCAUUAUACUAAUCUGCAAUUUAUAAAUAAUCAAAUACCCAAUUGUUGGUUCAGGCUUAACUCUGAAACACUGAUAUAGAAGGUGAUUUUUUUUAUGUUCUUUUCGCACCAAGCACACACACACUCAAGUUUCACUUUUCAUAUUUUACAAGGCCAUCAAUAUUUUAUUAAUGAAAGUUAUGUAAUUUAAAAGGGAACUGUCAGGAUUGUUUUAUAUUUUGCCAUUUGUAUCUGUUAAAUACAAAAAGGCUGUCUUUUUUUUUUUUUUUUUUUAAAUACGUGGCGACAACCUUUCAGCUCCUCUCUGAGCCUUUCUCAAGACAUAUAAAGGCACAGAGAGGAGUUGAAAUGUUGUUGCCACUUCCUUGUUGCAAAUAAAAAAGACUGCCUUUUAGAAGAAACCUCCAGUGUGCCUGGAUAUUUAUUUUUCUUCCACUCAAUUUUAUAAAAAAUAAAAAAAUGUAAAAAAAAAGAAGUCUCCCCGUUAAUACUUUGAUUCAUUUUUCUUUCUUCAGAAUUCUAAAUAAUAUUUCUUCCUGCAAAUGCUUUGUAAGUCUAUUCCCUGAAAUUAAUCAUAAAGCCCAUAUAAUAAAUCUGCAUAUAUUGUGGCUACUAAAUUAAUUAUUGAACACAGAUGAUAAGAAAAGCUUAAGAAGAAAAUGCACAAAAUGUAGUAAGACUGGAAUGUGAGGAACACUAAUAAAGCUAAAAAAAAAGGGGGGUGGCAGGAUGGUGUAGGGAAUUUUCAGAGUUAUUUAAGGUAAACCGAGGAACAUAAAUAUAUUUGAUAGCAUUAGAACUCUGCUUCCUGUUUUCUCAAUGACUAAGAGGAAUUAGGAAUAUUAGUUAAAGGAGGAUGAGUAUGUAUGCCUUGAUAGCACUCCUAGUUCAAUAACUGACAAUUUGGUUCCAGGUUGAACCUGUGGGGACAUAGAAUUGUGGCAGUAAUACAGAAACCUAUUGCAUAGAAUAAUUACACAAGCUCACUGCCAUUUUUGAAAACAUGUGACUGAUAGUGCUAUAAUAUGAGAGCUGUUUAUCAAUUUUCUACUAAUGUUUUUAUCUUUUACCUUCUCAGAGCAAUGUAAAAGGAUUCUACCGCACAUUAAUUAGCUUCUUGGCUCAUAGCAGUUUAACUGUGGUGGUCUUUGCACUUUCAGUACUGGCAAGUCUUACUCUAAAUGAAGAAGUUGGUGACAAGGUGAUAUUUCCUUUUUCUACCUUAAUAUUUGUAUCUGUCUAAUGCAAUCUCUUGGAAAAUAACAUUAAUUACUGCAUUUAGUAGGGGUAAAGCACGUCCUGAGCUCUGUGCGGUGGGAUAUUGCACCAUUCUUUAGUGUGUUAUUAGGGACGAAGUUGAAGAGAUAUAUAUACAUAUUUCACAUUCCAAACUCAAGAACUUACAUUUAAAAGGUUCAUUGUUCAGUGAUUAAAUCUAUUGAAUAAGGUGCACAUAGAAGAAAUGUAACUUCAGCCAUGGUGUUUAUAAAACCACUGCUGAAUUUGUUGAGAAGUAUGUAUUUGAACUUAUUUUUGAGUAUAGAAAAUCAAGGAACAUGGUUAACUCCAUUGGGCUUAAUUAGGCCUGCAAAACAUCCUCAUUUUUCUUUGUUCUUUAUAGUAUAGUUAAGCAAUCAUUUUACCUAAUGGCUAGAUACACUGCAGUUCUUGUUGAGACUAGAUCACAGUAAGGUGAUGAAUUGUUAGUUUGUUUAGUAUUUAGCAAGUAUCCUGUAUAGUGUCUAACUUGUUCAUUGACUUUUAACCAUUUUUCCUCUUUGUUGACUACAAAUGCAACAUAAGCUUUCAUUAAUUUUAAGACUGUUUCCGUUGAUAUAUUAAUUAUUCUUACCGUUUUUUUAUUUUUUAUUUGUGACCAGUGUACAAUGCAGUUGGAGUGCACAUUGUUGGCUUCACAUUAAAGGAACACUAUAGUGUCGGGAAUACAAACAUUUUCCUAAUAUUAUAGUGUUAAACUAGCUGUUUAGGUCCCUGGCCCUUAGAUCGCAUAAGAAAGCUGAAUUUACUUUUCUCCUGCUCUGGUCUCACCGCAGUUGGCUUUGAUUCCAUGGCUAAGGUCAUGAAUCGUGAUGAUCUCAGCCAAUCCAUGGCUUUCCCAUAGGAAAGCAUUGAGAGAGCUAUUGCACAACAAAACUCUGUGCUGCGCCAAUCACCGCCUUGUAAGAGAGACUUUGAAUCAGUGAUCAGUGCCUCUCUAUGGGGAAUGUUCAGUGUUUACAUGCAGUGCCACUGUGCAGCACUCUGCUAGGAAGCACCCCUAGUGGCGCUUGAGUGACUGCCUCUAGAGAUGUUCCAAGGCAGCAAUGAAAACACUGCAGAGCCAGCAUGGACAGGCUAUAUACAUUAGAACCACUACAUUAAGUUGUAUUGUUUCUGGUGACUAAAGUGUCCCCUAUUAGUUGGCAUCUGUAAUGUGACGGUCUGAAUAGGUAUCACAGUCUAGUAUUUCCUUAUCCCAAUAAAGUACUAUCGCCAAUAAUCCACAGAGUAAAAUAUCGCCGGUAUCCCAUAAUAAUCCACACAUGAGCCAAAGCUUAAUGCUGGAACAUGACUGGUUUAAUGGAAGCAAGUGCAUUCAAUUUUACACCACCAGACUCCUCCUCUGAGCCAGCGAGAUAAUUGAGUUUUAGAAACCUACUAAACUCAAUUAUCUGCUGGCCAGAAAAGUUAACAAUUUUCUAAAUUUUUUGAAAUCUACUUUAUGCAUAUCAAAACCACAUAAAAACCAUAUCCCUGGGUAGCUGAGGAUGAUGUGAGUAACAUAUAAAAAAUUCACGAAAAUCCGUUCUGUACUUUCCGAACUGCACCGUGUGGAAGUUUGACUGGCUCACCACGAGGUUGUAUUCGACCAAAAGUUCCACAGAAUUGGCAGCAAGAGCCGGUCUUCGUUCGCGUGGAUUUACACGAAAACCGCCAUUGAUAGAGUAAAGAUGAUGCGUGAAGAAUGCUCCUCUCGUUCGUCUGUUUGAAACUCCCGAACGCUGUUCUUCUACCGUAUGUGGAAAUAGUUUGUAUGGGACUUCCAUAGAGACCGGGUGUUUGUGUGAGUGCCAUGCCCAAAACCGUUCCAGGCACUCGACGACCAAGUCCCGCUGGCCGCAUUCGGGAGUUAAGAUGGCCACCGUCCAUUGUUCUCACCACGCGCGUUCGUAUGCACGAAAUGGCGGCCACCUAGGAGCAUUCGAUUAACUUGCGGAUUUCGUGUAGUUACACAAGGUUCAGGGUUGUCUCCGUUCGGUAAAACAAAUAUUUUACCGAAUAACGAAAUGAUUUAAGUGAAUAAAAUAGCAGGGAGUGGAAACAACCUGAACGGGUUGUUGGAAAUCCUUCACAUGUAACUUUAUAAAUAUUUCAAUAUUCGAGUAAGACUCUUCUAUAUAUGGUUAUAAUAAUAAUUAAUGACAUUAGUAUAUCUUAAAAGAUCUAGUAUAAAUUAUUAUCCCUAAAUCCUCAGUAUGAAAAGAGAAUUUACACUACUUUUAUUUCUACAAUCAGAAAUAUGUAUUUAGUAAGACUUGACUAACUUGCAUACAAAUACAGUUGCAUAGGAUAGUUAACCAAUUUUAAACUAAAAACACAUUUUGAAUGCCCAUUAGUGUUAUCCUUAAUUUCUUGUCAUUAUUAUUGGCAUUUAUAUAGCACCAAUUUAUUCCACAGUGCUAUUACAAAGGGGGGAAUUUAAUAAUCGAGACAAUUACAAAUGUUACAGCAACAAUAGCUUGAUUAGGGCCCUGCUCAAAAGAGCUUACAACCUAAACUUGAGUUUAGUUGUUUCAAAGAGUUCUGUUUGAGAGAGAUAAUCCUCUAACAAGAUUUAGAUUCUUAAUUCGUAUGCUUUUGCUAAUGAACGCAUACCAUGUAAUAUUCCAUAAAGUGUAACUGUUUGUUCUUAAGAAAUGACACCAUUAAAUAAGAUACUGAAAGAGACACAUUGUUGUAGUUUCUCCUAGUCUAUUAACAUAUUCUGUGACCGUAAAGGACAACAUUUAUAACAAUGAUGAGCACUGAGCGAAGAUUGUCACUCCCAAUUCCAGGAUAGAGGUAAAUAUAGCAGUGUGGACUUCUGCAUUCAUCUUUUAAUUUUUUUUUCUUCUGAUCUCAAAAACAUACAUUUGCUAAACAUAAGGGAUAAGUAUAACGUUCCUACAAAGUCACAGUUCUCCACCAAGAUUACCUGACUUCUAUCCUGGUAAACAGAUGUGGACUAAAGGAAUUCUAGCUAGCUCCUCAGUAACCAGACUGACAAUUUGUUCUUAAUUUGGCGUUGGAGAAUUCAAUAUUUUUGCAGCUUUGGCAUCAGGAUAAUUAUCCAUAAUUAUCCAUUCAAGUCAUUUCUAUAAGUGGUAAUAAAAGAGCACAUGUAUUAAAACCAAUCUACUGCUAAUUUACAUCGGCAUGUUUAUUGGCAUAUUAACGAUUGGUACAUGGUCAAAUCGCUGGUGAUACAUUGAUACAUGCUGCUGGUCCACAAUCAAUAUGACUUACCUUUACCUUUGCUGUUGCAUUUAUUUUAAUUCUGAUUUAAAAGUUGUCAUACAAAAAAUAAAAUAAAAAAAAUGCCUCCCCUCUAUGUGGACAGACAUCACUUUCACCUAACACUUGCAAAUGUAAUUUGCCAGGACUGUGUCCCACCCCACCCCCCUUAGUAUAUAGAGUAUGACACAAACCAUAACAUUUCAGUCUGUCUCUUUUCCAAGGACAGUUUGCUAGACCAUAUUUUAUCCUGUACUUGUUUUCAAUAUUGGCAUUAGUGGGGGUGCAGUAGGUGCUCUUAGUGCUGUGCAAGUCUGUCUGUUAUGAUGGCCAAUCUCUGCUAUUCCCUGGAUGGGUGCCAGAACCUUGGUUAGCUAAAUUGUAUAUAUUUUUUUCCAACUGCAUUUUAUAUGCUGAGUGCACACAUUCAUAAUGACUCUUCUUUUUCUUCCAUUGUGCCAUUGGUUGUGGGAAAGGGGAGUAUGCACAUCACAGGGCUGAAAAGGGCCAUAGGUGGAAUGCAUGCACAGAUUGUGUUGUGUCCCACCAUUAGAGUAAGCAGAUUGCGCAACUGAUUGCAAGUUGGUUUGGCACCAAUAUUCGUACUGGAUAUGACUUGCCAACAAAAAAAACUGUGUUUCAAGAAAAGUGCCUAACGCUGUAACCCUUAAAGCCCCUUGUAGCAGAGUAACUGGUCCAGUGUAAUCUUCAUGACCCGGUGUAAUAUGUUGUGUACUGUUCAUCUGAUCUUGUAUUUACCUAAUUUUAAGACCUAUUAAGGAAUAGAUGUCCUGAUAUGUAAAACCAGACAUUUUAAAGAGGGUGUCCUUUCUUUCCCACGACUGUAUAUGUAUGUUUGUAUAACAUACCCACACACUUAUAAAACUACUUGAGCGAAUCAAAUCCAUGUGUUGGCUGGAACAUCAUGACCUUUUGAGGACUUCUGUUAAUUUUAAGUCUGGCCCCUAGCCUAUCUUUAGGAAUAGAAGCCAUUAAUAAAUGAUUCGCAGUGAGGUACUUGAAAUACUUGCAGUGCGUCCAGCAUUCUAAUAAUGGAUAGAUAUCAGGCUUGGGCAUAAGGAGUCAAAUGUGAUGGGUUACAUGUUAAUGAUUUUCUGCAAACUGUGAUAUGAUUUAAAUCCUUACAGAUCUAUUUUGCAAAGUAACAAAAAUAAAAAAAACAAUAAUAUAUUUCUUAAAUGAUUAACCAAUGUGAGAAUGGUUCGUUAAGCAUUUUGCACUGCCCCCCUGAUUAUGGUUACCUCUGUUUGGCAUUUCAAACCACGUUUGAUGCAUAUAAAAAUGAAAUGAUAUUCUAUAAAGACUGUUAAAGUAGCUAUGAUAGCUGAACAGUGUGAUUAUUUCUUCUGACCUUGAACUUGGUUUAAAUUGUUGUAAAGUGAUAGUUACAUGAGUAGAGGCUGUGGACAGCUGUCAUGGAAGGUCAAGCCUCUCCUCUUCUUCAUAUUUACUGCAUAUCUACCUCUUACACCCAUAAUCUUAAGGAGUUGAAGUGAUCUUCAUUUUGUCCUGGUAACACAUACUUUCCACAAAAAUGGUGUUCUUGAUUCUUUAAAAGAAAUUCUCCUUGUACUGUGUAGUUUCAGAUCAUUUUCUUUUUCUUAACAUUUGGCUUUGCAUGUCAAUUCAUUGCCCUGUGAGUACUGAUGUUAGAUGCAUGGACACAUGUAAGAAGGUCGGUGAAAGUAACUUGGGUUAUCCGCUCUACUGAUAAUUAUAGAGAAUUACACAUUUUAGGGUAGAGCAGACAGAUUUGAAAUAUGUUUAAAGGACCACUCUAGGCACCCAGACCACUUCAGCUUAAUGAAGUGGUCUGGGUGCCUGGUCCAGCUAGGGUUAACCCAUUUUUUAAUAAACAUAGCAGUUUCAGAGAAACUGCUAUGUUUAUGAAUGGGUUAAGCCUUCCCCCUAUUCCCUCUAGUGGCUGUCUCAUGGACAGCCACUAGAGGCGCUUGCGUGCUUCUCACUGUGAUUUUCACAGUGAGAGCACGCAAGCGUCCAUAGGAAAGCAUUGUAAAUGCUUUCCUAUGCGACGGGCUGAAUGCGCGCGCAGCUCUUGCCGCGCGUGCGCAUUCAGCCCAGGAGGAGGAGGAGAGAAGGAGGAGAGCUCUCCGCCCAGUGCUGGAAAAAGGUAAGUUUUUACCCCUUUCCAGAGCCGGGCGGGAGGGGGUCCCUGAGGGUGGGGGCACCCUCAGGGCACUAUAGUGCCAGGAAAACGAGUAUGUUUUCCUGGCACUAUAGUGGUCCUUUAAGUGCGUAUUUUUCCAGCUCUGCUGUUUGAAUAGAGAUCUGAUAUUCCCUAGUCUGUUCUAAAAACAAAAAAUCUGGUUUAAGUAGCAACCUCAAAUAUUAUCUUCAUAUAAAUGAAAAUAAGAGGUAGGCUUAUUAUUGCAGAAAUUAAUAUACUUGUUUAGAAAAUGACUGGGCAAUGAAAUUGUGUAAUUGCAGGUUUGAUUUGAUGCACUGUAUUUUCUUACACAAGAAUAACUCAUGCACACUAUUUAUUUCCAGCUUUUCCAUUCCAGAAAUAUCCAUCAGACAUUUCAGUUAAUAUUUAACAUUCUUGUAAAUGGGGAUGGGACAUUAACCCGAAUGUACUCUGUUGACCUCCUCAUGGACCUCAUAAAGAACCCCAAAAUUGCUGAUUAUCUUACCAGGUAGGCUACUAGAUUAUGGUAAUAUAGACAUGCUGUUCACAUUAUAUCAAGCAUUAUAGAUCAGGGUGGUGCAGUAGACAUUGCUUACCUAGAUUUCAGUAAGGCUUUUGACACUGUUGCACAUAGAAGGCUUAGCAAUAAACUGCAAUCUUUAAGUUUGGAUUCAAAUAUUGUUGAAUGGGUAAGGCAGUGGCUGAGUGACAGGCAACAGAGGGUUGUAGUUAAUGGAAUAUAUUCGAAGCUUGGACUUGUCACCAGUGGGGUACCUCAGGGAUCUGUACUUGGACCCAUUCUCUUUAAUAUUUUUAUUAGUGAUAUUGCAGAAGGUCUUGAUGGUAAGGUAUGUCUUUUUGCUGAUGAUACUAAGAUAUGUAACAGGGUUGAUGUUCCAGGAGGGAUAAGCCAAAUGACAAAUGAUUUAGGUAAACUAGAAAAAUGGUCAGAAUUGUGGCAACUGACAUUUAAUGUGGAUAAGUGCAAGAUAAUGCAUCUUGGACGUAAAAACCCAAGGGCAGAGUACAGAAUAUUUGAUAGAGUUCUAACCUCAACAUAUGAGGAAAGGGAUUUAGGGGUGAUUAUUUCUGAUGACUUAAAGGUAGGCAGACAAUGUAAUAGAGCAGCAGGAAAUGCUAGCAGAAUGCUUGGUUGUAUAGGGAGAGGCAUUAGCAGUAGAAAGAGGGAAGUGCUCAUGCCAUUGUACAGAACACUGGUGAGACCUCACUUGGAGUAUUGUACACAGUACUGGAGACCGUAUCUUCAGAAGGAUAUUGAUACCUUAGAGAGGGUUCAGAGAAGGGCUACUAAACUGGUUCAUGGAUUGCGGGAUAAAACUUACCAGGAAAGGUUAAAGGAUCUUAACAUGUAUAGCUUGGAGGAAAGACGAGACAGGGGGGAUAUGAUAGAAACAUUUAAAUAUAUAAAGGGAAUCAACACAGUAAAGGAGGAGACUAUAUUUAAAAGAAGAAAAACUACCACAACAAGAGGACAUAGUCUUAAAUUAGAGGGACAAAGGUUUAAAAAUAAUAUCAGGAAGUAUUACUUUACUGAGAGGGUAGUGGAUGCAUGGAAUAGCCUUCCAGCUGAAGUGGUAGAGGUUAACACAGUAAAGGAGUUUAAGCAUGCAUGGGAUAGGCAUAAGGCUAUCCUAACUAUAAGAUAAGGCUAGGGACUAAUGAAAGUUUUUAGAAAAUUGGGCAGACUAGAUGGGCCGAAUGGUUCUUAUCUGCCGUCACAUUCUAUGUUUCUAUGUUUCAUUGCCUUUAAUUUAUUUUUAAAUUGUGUGUGUGUGUGUUUUUUUGUUGUUGUUUUUGGGGGUUUUUUUUCACUGUGCUGGCAAAUGGAUAGGACAAAGUAAUUUUAUCCUGUGCAUAUUUUUCUACAAUUUUAAUUGCAUGUUUUAAGUACAAAGUUGUUUUGUUUCAUCCAUAAAGGGAUUGUGAAGGUUGCAAAAUGCAUCUAUUUUAUUACAUUUGAACAAAUACAUUAUACCCCAAAAGCAGGGAAAUAAGAACCGUCUUCCACAAUCCUAAAGUUAAACCCUUUGUGUAUUAACACUGAUCAUUCGAUUGGGAUAACAUUUCUAUGUCUAAUCAUUAUGUACUGAGGCAGUGUGAUUGACAGCUGUGGGAGGUGUGUUAAGAUUGUAUUUUGUUCAGGGAAGAGAAAUCUGUCUAUCAACAGUUACUAUUUCACAAAUUUUCAUGUACAGUGAUACAUCAAAUGGUAUUUUUAUAUUCUCUACUUUAAAAAACAAACUGUUUAAAAGAUAUCAUAAAUACAAUCUAUACCACUUAAGCCAUGGACACCAAGCAUACUUUCUUUGAAUAAAGAUAUAUGUGUGUGUAUGUGUGUAUGUGUGUGUGUGUGUGUAUAUAUGUGUGUGUGUGUGUGUAUAUAUAUGUGUGUGUGUGUGUGUGUGUGUGUAUAUAUAUAUAUAUAUAUAUAUAUAUAUAUAUAUAUGUGUGUGUGUGUAUAUAUAUAUAUAUAUAUAUAUAUAUAUAUAUAUAUAUAUAUAUAUGUGUGUGUGUGUAUAUAUAUAUAUAUAUAUAUAUAUAUAUAUAUAUAUAUAUAUAUAUAUAUAUAUAUAUAUAUAUAUAUAUAUAUGUGUGUGUAUAUAUACAGGGAGUGCAGAAUUAUUAGGCAAAUGAGUAUUUUGACCACAUCAUCCUCUUUAUGCAUGUUGUCUUACUCCAAGCUGUAUAGGCUCGAAAGCCUACUACCAAUUAAGCAUAUUAGGUGAUGUGCAUCUCUGUAAUGAGAAGGGGUGUGGUCUAAUGACAUCAACACCCUAUAUCAGGUGUGCAUAAUUAUUAGGCAACUUCCUUUCCUUUGGCAAAAUGGGUCAAAAGAAGGACUUGACAGGCUCAGAAAAGUCAAAAAUAGUGAGAUAUCUUGCAGAGGGAUGCAGCACUCUUAAAAUUGCAAAGCUUCUGAAGCGUGAUCAUCGAACAAUCAAGCGUUUCAUUCAAAAUAGUCAACAGGGUCGCAAGAAGCGUGUGGAAAAACCAAGGCGCAAAAUAACUGCCCAUGAACUGAGAAAAGUCAAGCGUGCAGCUGCCACGAUGCCACUUGCCACCAGUUUGGCCAUAUUUCAGAGCUGCAACAUCACUGGAGUGCCCAAAAGCACAAGGUGUGCAAUACUCAGAGACAUGGCCAAGGUAAGAAAGGCUGAAAGACGACCACCACUGAACAAGACACACAAGCUGAAACGUCAAGACUGGGCCAAGAAAUAUCUCAAGACUGAUUUUUCUAAGGUUUUAUGGACUGAUGAAAUGAGAGUGAGUCUUGAUGGGCCAGAUGGAUGGGCCCGUGGCUGGAUUGGUAAAGGGCAGAGAGCUCCAGUCCGACUCAGACGCCAGCAAGGUGGAGGUGGAGUACUGGUUUGGGCUGGUAUCAUCAAAGAUGAGCUUGUGGGGCCUUUUCGGGUUGAGGAUGGAGUCAAGCUCAACUCCCAGUCCUACUGCCAGUUCCUGGAAGACACCUUCUUCAAGCAGUGGUACAGGAAGAAGUCUGCAUCCUUCAAGAAAAACAUGAUUUUCAUGCAGGACAAUGCUCCAUCACACGCGUCCAGUACUCCACAGCGUGGCUGGCAAGAAAGGGUAUAAAAGAAGAAAAUCUAAUGACAUGGCCUCCUUGUUCACCUGAUCUGAACCCCAUUGAGAACCUGUGGUCCAUCAUCAAAUGUGAGAUUUACAAGGAGGGAAAACAGUACACCUCUCUGAACAGUGUCUGGGAGGCUGUGGUUGCUGCUGCACGCAAUGUUGAUGGUGAACAGAUCAAAACACUGACAGAAUCCAUGGAUGGCAGGCUUUUGAGUGUCCUUGCAAAGAAAGGUGGCUAUAUUGGUCACUGAUUUGUUUUUGUUUUGUGAAUGUCAGAAAUGUAUAUUUGUGAAUGUUGAGAUGUUAUAUUGGUUUCACUGGUAAUAAUAAAUAAUUGAAAUGGGUAUAUAUUUGUUUUUUGUUAAGUUGCCUAAUAAUUAUGCACAGUAAUAGUCACCUGCACACACAGAUAUCCCCCUAACAUAGCUAAAACUAAAAACAAACUAAAACUACUUCCAAAAAUAUUCAGCUUUGAUAUUAAUGAGUUUUUUGGGUUCAUUGAGAACAUGGUUGUUCAAUAAUAAAAUUAAUCCUCAAAAAUACAACUUGCCUAAUAAUUCUGCACUCCUGUAUAUAUAUAUAGAAGAAGUAGUAUAUAUAUAUAUAUAUAUAUAUAUAUAUAUAUAUAUAUAUAUAUAUAUAUAUAUAUAUAUAUAUAUAUAUAUAGUUAUUAUAUAUGGUAUAUAUAUAUAUAUAUAUAUAUAUAAUAUGUGUGUGUGUGUGUGGUGUAUUGCAAGAAAAAGUAUGUGUACCCUUUGGAAUGAUAUGGAUUUCUGCACAAAUUGGUCAUAAAAUGUGAUCUGAUCAUCAUCUAAGUCACAACAAUAGACAAUCACAGUCUGCUUAAACUAAUAACACACAAAGAAUGAAAUGUUGCCAUGUUUUUAUUGAACACACCAUGUAAACAUUCACAGUGCAGGUGGAAAAAGUAUGUGAACCCCUAGACUAAUGACAUCUCCAAGAGCUAAUUGGAGUGAGAUGUCAGCCAACUGGAGUCCAAUCAUUGAGAUGAGAUUGGAGGUGUUGGUUACAGCUGCCCUGACUCGCACAAAAGAGCUCUCAGAAGACCUACGAUUAAGAAUUGUUGACUUGCAUAAAGCUGGAAAGGGUUAUAAAAGUAUCUCCAAAAGCCUUGCUGUUCAUCAGUCCACGGUAAGACAAAUUGUCUAUAAAUGGAGAAAGUUCAGCACUGCUACUACUCUCCCUAGGAGUGGCCGUCCUGUAAAGAUGACUGCAAGAGCACAGCGCAGACUGCUCAAUGAGGUGAAGAAGAAUCCUAGAGUGUCAGCUAAAGACUUACAAAAGUCACUGGCAAAUGCUAACAUCCCUGUUAGCGAAUCUACAAUACGUAAAACACUAAACAAGAAUGGAUUUCAUGGGAGGAUACCACAGAGGAAGCCACUGCUGUCCAAACAAAACAUUGCUGCACGUUUACAGUUUGCACAAGAGCACCUGGAUGUUCCACAGCAGUACUGGCAAAAUAUUCUGUGGACAGAUGAAACCAAAGUUGAGUUGUUUGGAAGAAACACACAACACUGUGUGGCAUAAAAAAAGCACAGCACACCAAUAUCAAAAGCUCAUCCCAACUGUGAAGUAUGGUGGUGGUGGCAUCAUGGUUUGGGGCUGCUUUGCUUCGUCAGGGCCUGGACGGAUUGCUAUCAUCGAAGGAAAAAUGAAUUCCCAAGUUUAUCAAGACACAUUGCAGGAGAACUUAAGGCCAUCUGUCUACCAGCUGAAACUCAACAGAAGAUGGGUGUUGCAACAGGACAAUGACCCAAGGCAUAGAAGUAAAUCAACAACAGAGUGGCUUAAACAGAAGAAAAUACGCCUUCUGAAGUGGCCCAGUCAGAGUUCUGACCUCAACCCGAUUGAGAUGCUGUGGCAUGACCUCAAGAAAGCGAUUCACACCAGACAUCCCAAGAAUAUUGCUGAACUGAAACAAUUCUGUAAAGAGGAAUGGUCAAGAAUUACUCCUGACUGUUGUGCACGUCUGAUCUGCAACUACAGGAAAUGUUUGUUUGAAAUUAUUGCUGCCAAAGGAGGUUCAACCAGUUAUUAAAUCUAAGGGUUCACAUACUUUUUCCACCGGCACUGUGAAUGUUUACAUGGUGUGUUCAAUAAAAACAUGGCAACAUUUCAUUCUUUGUGUGUUAUUAGUUUAAGCAUACUGUGAUUGUCUAUUGUUGUGACUUAGAUGAUGAUCAGAUCACAUUUUAUGACCAUUUUGUGCAGAAAUUCAUAUCAUUCCAAAGGGUUCACAUACUUUUUCUUGCAACUGUGUGUGUGUGUGUGUAUGUAUAUAUAUAUAUGUGUGUGUGUGUGUGUGUAUGUGUGUAUAUAUAUAUAUAUAUAUAUAUAUGUGUGUAUAUAUAUAUAUAUAUAUAUAUAUAUUUGUUUUUUUUUUAAGUAGUAAAAUACUAUAUGAUACAGAAGCGUGUCAUUAUCACAUUUAAAAUAAUCUAUACUUAUAGGUUUUGGAUAUUUGCUAGCUGCACAUGUCUUAUAUAGCUAUUAAACUCAAUUCCUAAGCCUAGUAUACUGAAAAAACAAAUCCAGUGCAAUAAUGUCAUUAAAAAGACAGUGAUUUGUGUAAAGAGUAAAGCACGUUUGAUUUACAUCUUCAUUAAAGGAUCACUAUAGUGUCCUAAGGGUGCCCCCUCCCGUGGCACUGAAGGAGUUAAAAUCUCUUCAGCAGCUUACCUUAAUCCAGCGCCGGGCUCCCUCGGUGCUGAUGACCUCUCCUCCCCAUCCAACGUCAUUGGAGCUGAAUGCGCAGGCGCGGCAAGUGCCGCAUGCGCCUUCAAAGUGUCAAUAGGAAAGCAUUUCUCAAUGCUUUCCUAUGGACGCUCUGUGCGAUGGAGGCUGGAUUAACCCCAAAUGUAAACAUAGCAGUUUCUCUGAAACUGUUAUGUUUACAUGUGAAGGGUUAAUACCUGAGGGGUCUGGGUGACUAGUGUCCCUUCAAUAAACAGUUCUAGACAGCCAAUAGAAUAUUCUGAGCAGUGUAUAUGUAAUUUAGUGUAAAAACAAAAAUGUAGUGUAAAUGUCAUAAUGUUUGAAUUCAGAAAUAUAGACUGCUCUGGAAAAACGGUGUGGUUGUUUUUGAACAAAAAUGAGCUGCAUGGUCGAGUUGCCAAAAAGGAGCCUUUAUUGCGCCAAUGCCACAAAAAGGCUUGGUUACAAUAUGCCCGACAAUACCUUGACAUGCCUCACAGCUUCUGGCACACUGUAAUUUGGAGUGACCAGACCAAAAUAGAGCUUUAUGGUGACAACCAUAAGUGCUAUGUUUGAAGAGGGGUCAACAAGGCCUAUAGUGAAAAGAAUACCAUACCCACUGUGAAGCAUGGUGGUGGCUCACUUAUGUUUUUUUGGGGACAGGGAAUCUUGUGAAAAUUAAUGGCAAGAUGAAUGAAGCAUGUUAUCAGAAAAUACUGGCAGACAAUUUGCAUUUUUCUGCACAAAGACUGCGCAUGGGACGCUCUUGGACUUUCCAGCAUGACAAUGACCCAAGGCACAAAGCUAACUUGACCCUCCGGUGGUUACAGCAGAAAAAUGUGAAGGUUCUGGAGUGGCUAUCAGUCUCCUGACCUUAAUAUCAUUGAGCCACUCUGGGGAUAUCUCAAAUAUGCUGUUCACCAAAGACUUUGCAUGACCAUGAGUCGUUUUGCCAAGAUAAAUGGGCAGCUAUACCACCUACAAAAAUUAGGGACCUCAUAGAUACUAUUCCAAAAGACUGCAUGCUGUAAUCGAUGCUAAAGGGGGCAAUACACAGUAUGAAGAACUAAGGGUAUGCAGACUUUUGAACAGGGGUCAUUUCAUUUUUUUUUUUGUUGCCAUGUCUUGUUUUAUGAUUGUGCUACACUACCCGCAGAGCCAGACAUAUUCUGUUAUAACCUAAAGUUGAAUAUGAAUCCCAUAAGAAAUAAAAGAAAUGUAUUUUACCUGCUCACUCAUGUUUAUAUAUUACCAAUUCUCCAAGAGUAGGCAAACUUUUGAGCACAGCUUUAGGGCUGUGAUUGUGUAUGGGUCUGUGAUUGUGUGUAUGUAUAUACAUAUGUUUAGUAGAUGGAUCCAUAAUUUGGCAUUCUUAAAUAUGACAAGGGAUUUAUCUACUUAACAAAUAAGAAAUAUAUAUAAAUUAAGAAAGAGCCUUUGAAGUGUUAUUAUAUAAAUUAUAUAUUGUAGGGGGGCCCAAGACUUUUUCUUCCCUCAGUGUGGCCUGGGAAAGCCAAAAGGUUGGACACCCAUGAUUUAAAUGAUUUUGACAGAGAACAGGGGGAUCAUGCCUCCAUCCUAAUAUCACAAUAACCAUUAAUUCUGCAUUUAGGAGUUAUUGUGCGUGGAUUGAUUUAGAGGAAAACGAUAGUGUUAGGAAUGCAAACAUGUAUUACUAAAACUAUAGUGCCGGAGUGGCUGUUUAGCUGACAGGCCCCCCUCUCUACCUCAUCUCUGCUGGCCCUGCCUCCAUUGCUGAAAUCAAUCUUGAUGAUCUCAGCCAAUCCAAUUAUUCGGAGACCAUUGUGCAUGUGCUGCAUCUCUAUGGUGAGUGUUAAGAGUCUGCAUACAAACUCUGAAAAGGCAGUAUUUUCAUUACUCUGCUUGCAGAGACGGACUAUAGACACCAGGCCCACUACAUUAAGGGGACACUCCAGUGCCAGGAAAACAAUCAGUUUUCCUGGCACUGCAGGUCCCCACUCCCCAUUCCAGGGUGCUGAAGGGGUUAAAACCCAUUCAGUGACUUAUCUUUAUCCAGCGCCGAUAUCCCUUGGUGCUGGUUCAGGGUCCAGCGGGUGAUACCUAUUGCGCAUGCGCGCCCUGGGAGACCUAACGCGCAUACGUGGCAAUGCCGCGCACGCGCAUUAGACCUCCCCAUAGGAAAGCAUUUCAGUGACGCUGGAGGUCCACUAGAGAAGGAGUUAACCCUGCAAUGUAAAUAUUGCUGUUUAUGAAAACGGCAAUAUUUACAGUUGCAGGGUUAAGGGUAGUGGGAGUUGGCACCCAGACCACUCCUAUGGGCAGAAGUGGUCUGGGUGCCUGGAUUGUCCCUUUAAGCCGCACUGGUUCUGCUGACUAUAGUGUCCCUUAAAGUAACACAUUUGGCUUAUCUGUUUUAAAGGAACACUUCAUUGUUUAAAAAAAAAAGUAAGCAAUUGCCCAGUAGAAUGCGGAAGCAUUAGACUAAUGCUAUCUCUUCUCUUUGGACGAUAAUUCAAUAUCUUUCUAGCAACAUUAUAUGUAAUUUUGUCUACAUUUAGCAAGAUGUUUACAUUGCAAAAAUGGCAUGGGGAAAAAGAUCUUGUCUGUGAAAGAGUACUAUGGAAAUUAGAAGUCUCUAUCUGUAAAGGAUAGCAGAUUUUGUUGGGGAUGUGAAACCACAGCUGGCAUCAAGAAAGUCAUAAUAGUAUAUGAAUAGCUAGUAAAAUUAAUGUUUGUUUUCAGAUCAAUGAAUAGAAAAGUAUUUUUUUGUUUACUUAGGUACGAGCACUUUAAUUCAUGUCUAAAUCAAGUGCUUGGCCUUCUUCACGGCAAGGAUCCAGAUUCGGCUUCCAAGGUACAUUGAUUAUUUUCUUAUUUAAAUAAAUUGGUCUUUUUAUUUAAAUUUUAUCUGAUUUACUAAUUUAUUACCAUGUGAUGUAAGAUCUCACAAACAUUUCUAGGUUAAGCAUUUGUGUAAAUAUAAUGGCAUUUGAUCAUGUUUUAAGAUAUACUUUGUAACCUCUUUUUGUAUAAUUUUUCAGGUUUUAGAAUUGUUACUGGCUUUCUGUUCAGUGACUAAGCUGCGUCUCAUUUUGCGACAAGCAGUACUUGAACAAUCUAGUAUUAUUGCAUCAGGAAAUGGAAGACUUGGUCCUCGUGGAAAAUCUGCAGAAAAAUUAGAGCCAGUUAUUGCACUUGUUCAUUGGUCAAGCCAGCCUCUGGAAGCACCACAAAACUCAGUUGUUUUGGCACUUGGACUUUUCAAAGAGUUGUUUGCGGUAUGUAUGUGCCAACUAAUGCCACUCAGGCAAAUUUAAGCAGCUUUAUGUUCAAAUAUUUUGUGCAUAUUGCAUGACCCUUGUUAAAAUCUGUAUUUAGUGUGUUCUUUCAAUAAAUUAUUGCAAGAGUGCUUUGGUUGGGAUUGUUAUUACCAAAAUGAGAGGCAACAAAGCAGUGAAGUACCUUUGGCCAUCUUCGCAAGAACAAUUGGUGUAAAGUGGCACUGUCAUGCCGUACUUACCUUUUUCCAAUUGCUUUUCUUUUUAUAAUUUUUCAUGUAUUUCUUACUAAAAAAAUACUACAGAAUAGGGAUUACCCAUGCACCGCCAGUGAUGCAAUAAUCUAAAUGGCGGUCCUAAAAUUGUGAUGAGUGACAAAGGGGCUUUGGGGACCUUAGUCACUGGGGGGGAGAAGCUAGAGGUCCCAGAGUUAUUGUGAAAAGCAGAAAUUCGGAUGAAAACAAAUGCAUUUCAUAUUGCCCUCUCCAUGCAAUGUGUGCAAGAAAUGCUAAUAUUUAUAAUGCAAUAUAAUAGUUUUUAGUCUCUACUUCCAGUCUACAGCACCUCUCACAUUUAUUGGCAUUUGCAAACCUAGACCUCACAAACUGUUAUAAUUUCAUACUUAAAGGCUUUUCUAAAAAUCUGAUGUAUUUUCUUUUUUCAGGAUACUAUUGACAAUGCUAACAGCCAACCUGCAGAACGUGUGGUAGAUCUACUUCUGCCAGUCAUUCUGGAUCAAUUUCUUAUUCCUGAUCAAACACUGAAUGAAGUACUUGCAAAGAAGAGAUGUGAAAGACUCUCAAAAGCAGUGGAAGUCUUAAUAAAUAUCCUUCACAAUACUUUGUAAUCUUACCUUCUGGAAUAGUUAAAAUGUUAAUAAUGCAAAACCUUUUGCUUUCUAACUAAAAAUGACUGCAUUUGGAAAUUCACAUUGAAAAUUGGCAAUAUAUGUCACACAUAACUUUAACUUUUUUAAAGGUACGUUGUAGGGAUCGCCGAUUAUCGGUCUGCCCGAUAUUAUCGGCCAAUAUGUAUUUUCAGCAAUAUCCGUAUCGACCAAUAAAGAUACCAAUAUUGCCGAUAAUGCAGACCAAGGCCGCCAUCAGGGUCCUGAAGAGUCCGCAGCACACUUACUUACCUUCCCAGUAGGACCAUUUAGCUCCCCUGUCAAACUCUCGCGAGUACCGCGGCCUUCAGAGCGUUGUCAUGGGUUACCAUGGCAAUGCUCCGCGCGGCUCACAGGCCGGGAGAUUUAGACAGGGGAGCUGCUGAGAAGGGAAGUAAGAGUGUGCUGGGUAGAAAGUUAACAGAUUCAGUGUUAGCUCUAAAAACCUCAAUAUCGGCCAAUCCCUAGUACAGUGGCGCUCGGCUUCAACAAUUCAGAUAAGCAUUUCUUUUUGCCUGCACAGUGAGACGCUGCAAUCUCAUUGGCUCACCUGUGACACUCAGGUGCUGUUUGGCUGCUGCAAUUUCAUACUUUAAAGCAGCUCACAAAUAAUCAGCUAUUAUAAUUUAAGAAGCACAGUAACACUAAGUGUGUAUACACACACACACACUCACACUCGUAGGUAUACAGUGUAAUUUAUUUGCUUUUUAUUAAAUUUAUAUUUAAUCGGAAGUGCUUGAAAUAUCUUCCAUCAAUAUUGCAACAUCCCUCGAAUCUAUCCAUUGCACUGUGGCUGACCGUACGACACAUAUUCUGGUCUACAUCAAUGUCCUUAAAUGCUUCUGAGUUGAACUUUUUUUUUUUUUUUUUUUUAAUUCAUUCAAUUCUCUCAAAACCUUAUUCUUUACUGCACCCCCAAAAAAGUCAUUGGUGUUAGGUUGGGUGAACGUGACAGCCAUUCAAUGCUGCCACGUCGUCUGAUCCAUUGCUGCAAAAGUAGGUGACCCGUCUUGUUGGAAGAGCAGUUUGGCAAAGCAAGCCCUAGUUCCGAGUUGUGGCACAACCACGUCGUGCAACAGGUUUAGGUAAUUGUUACUAUCCCAAGUUUUAUCGGAACUGUCCUACAAUGGUUCUACAACACCUUUGCUGGACAGUGCCCCCCACACUGGUUCAGCUGAAAAUUCUAAUUUAAAAUCGCAGUCUCCAGACCUUAAUCCCAAAGAAAAUCUGUGGAGGGAGCUGAAGGUUCGAGUUGCCAAACGUCUGCCUCGAAUUGAGAUAUAUAUAUAUAUAUAUAUAUAUUGCAAACACACAAUUGCAUGGAUUUAAUUAAUUCUGUUUUUGUGCAGGUUUAUUUAAACUGUUAGCAUCUAGAGUGCUGUGAACGUGGCAUUUCAACUCCAAAUGAUAAUGGGAUGUUUCUGUCCUGACCAUUAGCUGAUGCAAUUUUGCAGCAGAAAUAAAUACAUGCAUUUCUUUGCCAUUCUAGUAUCUUUCUGUAUGACUUAGAGUUACAGAACUACAACCCAAUAUACUGGUUAUGAUGUCAAAGUACUCUGGACUGUUUGUCACCUUAGCUAGGUGGCUGUCAGGCUUCAAUACACUCUGGUGGUCCGGUGAUGCACAUCUGCAGAGCUGCUCUGUCAAUAAAUGCAAGUCUGCAAUGAAAGUUGCACACACAAAAUUGGCAUUAGCCCACCCCAAAAUCUAGAUCCAGCUUGUUGAUGUUAUCCCUUUGCUGCCAAUGUUGGAAGUACUAAUUCUAUUUUAAUUCAUAACUGUAUUUUUGAGCUACAUGAACUACUCUACUUAUCUCUUGUGAAUUAAUGCAUACCAUUAAACACAGAUGCCCAAAUAAAGCUAAAUUAAAUCAUAUUUGCCUCUAGGAAAACAAAACCAUUCUACCCUCACUCUACAAAUCCUUCUAAUGUUCUGUAUAAAUCCUUGUUUUGAUUGAAAAUUUUCCAAAAAAAGUUUUUCAGGAAUAGUUUUCAAAAACUUUAUAAAAAUAAACCUUUAUAUUUGUGCUUAAAUAGAAAAGGGUUUUUAUUAACCAAUGAAUAAAGCUUUCUUUGACAUGUAAAGGGUAACAGAUUUUAUAAUUGCAUUAAUCCUACCUUGGUUGAAGUUUAAAGGACCACUAUAGUGUCAGGAAAACAUACUUGUUUCCUGGCACUAUAGUGCCCUGAGGGUGCCUCCACCCUCAGGUUCCCCUUCCCGCCGGGCUUUAGGGGGAGGAAGGGGUUAAACUUACCUCUUUCUCCAGCGCCGGGAGGGGAGCUCCUCUCCGCCUCCUCCUCGCCUGAAUGCGCAUGCGCGGCAGGAGCCGCGCGCGCAUUCAGCCAGUCCAUAGGAAAGCAUUCACAAUGCUUUUCUAUAGAUGCUGGCGUCGCGGAAGCCCUCUAGCUGCUGUCAAUGAGACAGCCACUAGAGGCUGGAUUAAUCCAUUUAUAAACAUAGCAGUUUCUCUGAAACUGCUAUGUUUAUAGAAAAAAGGGUUAAACCUAGCUGGACCUGGCACCCAGACCACCUCAUUAAGCUGAAGUGGUCUGGGUGCCUAUAGUGGUCCUUUAAUCAGUUUUUAUUAAGGUCAUUCAAUAGUUACAGAUGGGUGUGAUCAUACACAUGUCCGAGUACAGUGUCAGGUAGUUCAGCAUAGUAUACAAUGUAAUAUCCAUUUGAGAGCGUACGAUACAUGCAUGGUAAAUUUCAUGUCUAACAUUGUUUGCUAAGAGAAGUUUUUCCAGUUGGUAAGAUAUAAGGGAGUGUGUGUAUACUGGUGUGUUGGUUGUCUUGUGCAAUUACUUGUCUCAGCGUUGUUUUGCCCCUGGCUGGCUGUGUGUGGUCAGAGCCAACAGGAGGAGGGCGGGGAGAGAGUAGUAAGGAAUGAGAGGAAGUUCUCUUUUAAAUAAAGCGAGUCUACACCGAUACACUUUGUUGCUGAAAGCCUUUGAUGUCGUGACCAUUAUUAAAACACUUGAAGUUUAUUUUCCUUAAUCUUGCCUACUCCUGUGUGAUGACGACAAUUUAAAGUCCCGCAUUGCUAAAACAAUAGCUGUCAACAGAUGUGUUUCGCUGGUAGAUUAUCAGUUUUCAUGCAGUGGUGUGGAUUCUGGGUUUGCCACACAAAUUGUGGAUUCAGAACUCUUGUAAGUGUAUAGCUGUUGUUGGUAAAGGCUCCUUUUGUAUUACAUUAUAUAUAUUUUUAGGCAUUUUAUAUUACUGUGUAAAUUAUUUUCUGAAAUAAUAACUAUUGAUAAUAUUUUGAAGCAAAGCUUCUGCAGACGUACUCCUGAAAACCCUUGAUCUCAUGAGUAGACUGAAGCAGUUGGUUAAAAAUAUGGAAGCUGCUUUUUACAAAAUACUUCAGGUAAGAAACAUGGAUUUUACAAAACAAAAAAUUAUAAAUAUUUGUGAUGUACCUCAGUAUUUUUUUUUUUUUUUAAUUUAUUUAGUUCAGUCUUGGUAAAAAAUGUCCGUAUUAUUUUGAACCAUCCAUUUAUGAAAUCACCUGGCCAAUACCUACUUGAGUUCUGUAAAGGAAUGGUGCAAACAUUUAUUUUCAAGCAACUAAUCGGCUGUGUCCUUUAAAGUGUUACUCCAAGCACUAUUACCACUGUAUUGAUUUGAAGUGGUGAUGGUGCCUGGAGUCGGCAUGUGCCAUGUUACGCUAUGAUAUUUUUGUACAUACAAAUUUUAACUCUUCUUUUGAUGGAUGGCAGCAUCGUUGAGGCUUCUACACCCUGCAUGAGUCUGUUAUAUGUGAUUUAGGUUCAAUUUACAGAUCUGGAGAUAAGAAUAUCUAAAGCAAGUUAACAUCUGAUUGAAAAUGAAGCAAUAAUUUUUCCAUGCUGGCUGCGUGAGUCACAUCAACAGGUGGUGUGGCUUGGGCUGCAUAAACAGAAACAAAAGUGAUGGCAGAGAAUUGAGCAGUGAGACUGCAGGAGCAUCAUCUAUACACUAAAACUGCUUUAUUAAGCUGAAGUUGCUUUAGUGACACUAUGUCCCUUUUAAGGGCUAUGAUACAUGUACUUGUGUAAUUCCCUUACUUAAAACGUCAAGUUAUUCACCACUAGCCAGGCUUUUAAAAUAUCAUAUCAUGGGGGGGGGAUGCUGGAUGAAUUUCUACUCGCCAGGCCUACAUUUUGUGGUGAGUGAACAUUUGAGCCAGGUGUGUGCAUAAAUAUAGAUAUUAUUUAGACCUUUUUUAUAGCUAUCAAAUGCUUUUAGAAAUAAUGCUGCAGUGUUACCUCCUAACUUAUAAAUUAUUCUAUUUGUUCAUUUUGCAUUAUAUGGAUUAAGGACCAUCGCUUAAUUACACCACUGUCAUUUGCAUUAACAUCGGAUAACCGAGAGAGAGUUCAAGCUGGACUUAGAAUACUGUUUGAAGCUGCACCCCUCCCUGACUUUCCUGCUGUUGUGUGAGUAUAUUAUAACUUCCCAUUUUAAAGUUUUAAGAUUUAUUUUUACUUUUCCUAUGUACUAUUCAAUCCCACUAGAAUUCAGAUUUACUAAUCUGGCUGAACUUGUUGAAUGCCCUCACUACAGCCAAACCACAUGUGCUGCAUCUGCAUGAACGGUAUUUGCUAAGAAAGGGUUUUUUGCGUCCUGUAAAAAAAGUCUUUACUGAUCGCCAAUAGCUGUCUAAAAUGUCAUUGUAACAAUGAUAUAUGCUUUUAUUUAAUCUGCUGGGAUAACAAUGUUGACGUUUUAAAAUCUAUUCUACAAAGUAUUUUUUUUUUAUUAUUAUUAUUAUUUAUUACUAGAGUUUAUUGUUCUGAUACUGGAUUGUUGCAUGUUUUUCAAAAGAUUUAGCACUGAAAUGGUCAUAGAUAUUCCUGUAGCGGGUAGACUAUCAUGGAAGAGAGUUAUAAAUUUAAACUAAGUUAAUUCUAUAGUAAGUCUGUUUACUAUUGUUCACAUCCAGGAAACCAAUAUGUACAUGUACAUUUGGUAAUUAACUUGUGCAAAUUAUUUUUUUUUUUUGUUAUCAUGUGUCUUCUGAUAUUGUUGUUUUUUUUUAUUAUUCUUUUAUUCAUUUAUUUUUUACCAUUAUCCAGACUUGGAGAAUGCAUUGCUGCAAAUAAUGCAUAUAUUCAGCAAGACACAGAACACCCAGCUAAAAGGUUUGGAAUGCAGCUUACUGGCAGUAGCUAUAAAACUCCACAGACAAACAUACAGAAUACGGAUAUUUCAUCGUCCAAUGUUCAGGAACUUGUAUUAAAGCUGCAGACUGGAAUGGAGGUAGCAUUUGUGAAGGUCAACAGUGUAACAAAUGUUUUCCUGCGCUAUUAUAACUAUUAAUAUAUAUUUUUUUUCCUUUGUAGCUGAAAGACCAUGUAAAUGAUGUGCGGAUUUCAGAUAUUAUGGAUGUGUAUGAACAGAAACUUUCUGCUCUUGCUGUGAGUGUCUGAUAGUAAAUAUUUAGCUCUUCAUCCAGUUUUGGUUGAUGGUUUGUAGGUAUAAUCUUUUAAAAAUAUAUUAAAGGAAGAACUUGUUUUCCUGGCACUAUAGGGUCUUUGGGUCCCCCCACCCCCAGGAUCCCCUUCCCACUGGGCUCAAGAGGGGUUAAGGUGUUAAACACUUACCUUUCUCCAGCGCCGCGGACUCUCCUCCCACUUCCGACGUCAUCCGCUUAAUGCACAAAUGCGUGGCAAGAGCUUCUCACUGAAAAUCAGUGAGAAGUGCGGAAGCGUCUCUAGCAGCUGUCAAUGAGAGGCUGGAUUAACCCUAAUGUAAACAUAGCUGUUUACAGCUGCAGGGUUAACCAUGGAUGUACCUGGCACCCACACCACUUCAUUGAGCUGAAGUGGUCUGGAUGCCUAUAGUCAGAGGCGGCUCUCUAAUUAGGCGAUUUAGGCGGCCGCCUAAGGCCUCGCGCUGCCUGGGGCCUCGCGGCCGCCUAAAUCGCCUUGGGGGCAGACAUACAUGUUGGAUCCUCGGUCCAUGACCGAGGAUCCGACAUCAGGGGGGACCCGGCGGCUUGCCCUUUAUUCCGCCGGGUGCGAGGCCCCCUCAGUCCGCCCGGAGAGCCAGCCUUCAGUCUGCAGCUCCUCCGGGUGUGAGCUGCAGACUGAAGUGUCUCACGAUCCCCAGCCAAUCAGAGCAUUGCUGCGGGUUACCACGGCAACGCUCUGACUUCUGGAGAUCGCAAGACUCCUAUCACGUGGUCUGCAGCUCACACCUGGCGGAGCUGCAGACCGGAUAGGAGGCCCACCAGGGAGCCAGGACACUGGACCACCAGGGACACCUGCAAAGGUAGUUAAUUACCCCUCCCUCACUAAGUCCCCUGUCACCCCUAAGCCCCCUGUCACCCCUCAAAGUCCCCUGUCACCCCUAAGUCCCCUGUCACCCUCUAAGUCCCCUGUCACCCCCUAAGUCCCCUGUCACCCCCUAAGUCCCCUGUCACCCCCUAAGUCCCCUGUCACCCUCUCACCAAGCCCCCUGUCACCCCCCUAAGUCCCCUGUCACCCCUCACACCAAGCCCCCUGUCACCCUCUCACAAGCCCCCUGUCACCCCCUCACCAAGCCCCCUGUCCACCCCCUCACCAAGCCCUGUCACCCCCCUCACCAAGCCCCUGUCACCCCCUCCUGCCAAGCCCCUGUCACCCCUCACAGAAGCCCCUGUCACCCCCCUCACCAAGCCCCUGUCACCCCUAAGUCCCCUGUCACCCCUAAGUCCCCUGUCACCCCUAAGUCCCCUGUCACCCCCUGGGUCCUGUCACCCCUCGUCCCCUGUCACCCCUCGUCCCCUGUCACCCCCUCGUCCCUGUCACCCCCUCACAGUCCCCUGUCACCCCCUGGGUCCCCUGUCCCCCCUCACAGGAGUCCCCUGUCACCCGUCACCAAGUCCCCGUCCUGGGGUCCCAGUAAGCCCCCUCACUAAGCCCGCUGUCACCCCCUCCCUCCCUGACUCUGCCCUCUGUCACCCCCUCACUCUGCCCCCUGUGAGCCCCUCCCUCACUGACAACUGUCACCCCCUCACUGUGGCCCUCACUCUGACACCUGUCACCCCCUUUACCCUAAUUCUGACACCUGUCACCCAUACCUUCCCUCACUCUGUCCCCUGUCACCCAUACCUUCCCUCACUCUGACCCCUGUCACCCAUACCUUCCCUCACUCUGACCCCUGUCACCCUCAGCCACCUGCCCACCCUUCACUCUGCCACCCCCUAACUCUGUCACCCCAUCCCUCCCUCAGCGACCUGUCACCCCCUUUCACACUCUGUUAAUCCCUUCCACACUCUGUCACCCCCUUCCACACUCUGUCACCCCCUUCCACACUCUGUCACCCCCUUCCACACUCUGUCAGCCCCCUCCACUCUCUUUCACGUCAUUUCACACUCUGUCAUCCCCUCCACUCACACACACAGUCUCCCCUUUCGACACCCUGUCACCUCCCUCCACACACCCUGUCACCAUUCCCCACACACACACUGUCACCACAGACAAAAUGCACAAAGGCCACAGUCCAUAUACAAAAAAUACCGCAAGCAGCUACCACACACACAUACGGUCCUAGACACAAACAUACACAUGCUCACAGAAACGUACAUUCACAUACAAGGGUACUCACUGUCAGACACACUCUCAGGCACAUACACAGACAGACAAUGCCAGACACAUUCAGAAAUACACACAGCCAGAUAAACACAUUGUGACUGUAUGUUUGUAUUAGUCAAUAUGUGUUCAUCAGUGUGUUUGUGUGUGUGUGUGUGUGUGUGUGUGUAAAUGCAUGUGCAUGUAUCAGUGUGUAUAUGUAUUUGUGUAUUAGUGUUUAAAUGUGUGCGUGUGUCUGCAGUGUGGUUGUGGUAUGAUAUGGGCAAUGCAAAGAUAAAGUUGCAAGCAACAUAUAUAUGCAUGAAUGCAUACAUACAUAUAAAAUACAUAGGGAAACACAUAUAUGAUAAUAUACAUGUUAAGGAAUUUAGAAUAUGUGGGGAAAUGUCAGGCUAUACAACCAUACCCUGCAAUCGUAUACAAAUGAUUAGCAAUUUAUGUCAUAUCUACAGUAAAAGUGCUCACAACGCAGCGGCAUAGGGAGCUGCGGCAAUUUUUUUCACUAAUGGUGUAAAUGGGGGGCCUCAUGUUUGACUUUCGCCUAAGGCCUUGCAAAGUCUAGAGCCGCCUCUGCCUAUAGUGGUCCUUUAAUUCGUUCAUCUAAAGCUACAUUGUUUACAUUUGUACACUUAUUUAUUUUUUUUCCACCCCCUUCACUUCCAGUCCAAAGAAAGCCGGCUGCAAGAUCUUUUGGAAGCAAAGGCACUAGCUCUUGCACAAGCUGAUAGACUGAUCUCUCAAUACCGCUGCCAGAGAGCCCAGGCUGAAGCCGAGGUGAGAGAGAUGCAGUCCAGAAGUAUCUGUCAAACUAUUUUAUGUCUCAGCAUUGCUUACAGAUGGAGUUUGUACAAGAUAUAUUUGCAGGGUUGAUAAUUGCGAUGAAAUUGUACUUUUUGUCUGCAAGUUUAGUUGUGAAAGCAUUUAAAAUGUUAUUGUGGCCCUUAUUGCAUCUUAGAGCUUAGAAUAGAGACCUUAACCUGCUUCCUUUAAUUUAAUAGUUCAAGAUUUAAUCCUGUGCCCUUUUGGUCCUUAUUUUGGAUAGAGAUAUAUUCUAUAUUUUUUAUUUUUUUUAUUACAUAAAAAAAGACAUGCAUCUAUCAAGUUUAUGCUUUCCUUUCCAAAUAUUACAGCUUAUAUCUAUUCACUUUUUAAGAGCAGUCAUCUUCGCACUGACAUGCUUCUGGACCAAAUCUCGUAGCGCACCUAUAUCCACCCUUGAAAUGGAAAUUAAAUAAAUUAUAACCAAGUGACACUUUAACUACUGCAUUUGCAAAUGACCUAAGCAACAUUCUAAUAAGUGUUAUUUUUUUGUGCAUUUGGAAGUGGAUUCUAUGUGUUCCUUCAGAAUACUCUUGAUAAAUACUUAAGUUCUUCUUUGCACUCCUUUUGCUCUUACAUGUAUAUAUUAUGGAUAUCAUCAUAAGGAAUGUCCAGUAUGCCACUUGAAUCCCUAUUCUUGAUUUUUAUGUUUGCAGUAGCCAUUAUGAAUGUCUGCUUAUUUAAAAUCAAACCUCUUCCUUUCUGCCAAAAUACUGUAGGCUAGAAAGCUUGCUGCAUUGCUAACGGAUACAGAAAGAAAAAAUGAAGAAUUGGGUUUGCUUUUGAAAUCUCAGCAAGUUGAGUCUGAACGAGCAAAGAGUGACAUUGAGCAGCUGUUUCAACACAGCAAGAAGCUGCAAGCUGUUGCAGACGAGCAUGAGACGUUAAAGAUUUCGUAUGCUGACCACCUAAUAAAGUAAGCACACUUGACUAGUUGACAUCUUGAAAAAGAUGUAUACAGUUCUAAUAAGGCACAAUUUUACUUAUUAAUAAUGGAGAUUGCAUGUAAAAUUCUAUUCUUGAUAUAUAUUUUCUAAGUCCUUACAUGUGCUUUAUGUGAGCAGCCAUUUUUAAAUGUUUGAUUAGAAGCAUAGCUUCAACCAAACACCAUACAUGUGAUCCCGGACUAGUGCACAUUCAUGCAUCUUAAUAUCCUGUACAAGCCUAGGAAUUACAAAACAUGCAAUGUGGGAUGGCUUCAGAUUUUGAAAUUGUGCAUGUUAUGAGAAGAUGAGAGCUGCUUCUGACUAGAGAACGCUAAAGACCACAAGUAACUUAAAGUAGAUGUAUAACUGUCCAAAAUGCUUAAAGGGAUGCUAGAGGCACCCAGACCACUUCAGCUCAUUGAAGUGAUAUGGGUGCAGUGUCCCUGUGCCCUUAGUCCUGCAAUUUAACUCAGUUUUAGAGUAAGUGCAGUACUAAGACUUCCUCAAAUGGCUAUUUACCAGACAGCCACUAGAGGCGCUUUUGACUUAGUGAAGUGAUGCUGCACAUCCUCACGCUCUGCACAAGGAUGUCCAGCAUCAGAGAAAACCCCAUAGGAAAUGAACAUUAGAUUCUUCCUCCUUCCCACUCCCCCCCCCCCCCCCGCCUCAAAUUGGAUGACGUCAGAGGAGACAGACCGCAACCUCUGCGCUGGAGUUGGGUAAAUGACUAAAAGGUUAUUUAACCCUUUACAACAAUGGGAGAGGGCUGCGGGGGCAGCAGAGCAUGUUGGUGUUAGGAAUACAUCUUUGUCUAUCGAACACGAAAGUGUUCCUUUUAGUGUACAUAUUAAGUGUGGCUUUUUUUUCUUCUUUCUUUAGAUUAAUUAUUCUAGUAAUAAAUUAAUAUUUAUUUUUGACAGCUUAAAAUAAUACAAUUGGUUGGAGGGAAGUAAGCUCAUGACAGGUGUGUGAAUGUUUGCUGCAUGAAUAAGGUAGCAUGGAGCGACGUUGGGUAAAAUUUUCUGCCGAUAUCUUCAAACCAAGAUUUAAAAAAAAAAAUUACCACGUACACUGCUUUAUAUUCAGUAAGGUUUUUAUCUUUCUAGUACUUUUUGCAAAAUAGAAAAUGCACGUACCUCAAACGACACACCAUUGCUUAAAUAUAGGGGGGAAAAAUAGAAAUCAUUGUUUAGAAUAUGCCCUUAAUGAAAACAUGCAUGCAUUUAAUUAUGCAAUUUUUAAUUGAGGGAUAACUAAAAACCGCUUGUGAAAGCUGCACAUCUUCUAAUCCUUUGCAAGCCUUCUGAUUCUAGCCCAGACUUUCUGUGGCUGCCCAAUCAGACUUCUCAAUGAGAAGUCUUUGUAAGGCAGGUGUUUUGAGCAAACGUUUAAUAAUAAAAAUAAAAAAAUAAAAAAAGUGCCAAAUUCUGUUGAAAUUGGCAUUUUUUGCAAAAUGAAAGAAAGAUGCCACACACUUUACACAUCAUACACUUAAGCAAGCUGACGUGCUUCAAGGGUUAUACUAGAUUAAGGGUUGGAGUUCUGUCGAAAUCUGUUUAGAAUUAGGACCAGGAGUUUUUGACAACUGUUUUGUUUUGUUUUUUGGUCUUUUGUGUGCUUUUUUUGCCGUGCACAGGUUACAGAAUUUUUUAUUUAUUUAUUUUUUUAAAAUACGUUAUUGAUUAUUUUUAAUAUUCUAUAUAGAAGUAAUGUAGAUGUGCACUGGCCAUAAACUGGCUUACUGAGGUGGUAAUAAUUAUAUAUUUUUGCUUCAUUGUAGGUAUGAGCUCUGUGAAAAGCAGUACAAAGAAUUACAGGCAUCAUAUAAUGUGUUAAAUAAACAGGCUGAAACCAUGAAAAAGAUCAAUGAUUCUCUCAAGGUGCAGAAUGAAAAGUGAGUUUUGUUUUUUCUGUAUCAAAUCAGGUGUUUGUAUUUACAGGCAAUGGUAAAAAAAAAAAAGCAAUAGAAGAUAUCAUAUAUUUACUGUUGGUUAAAGCUGGGGUUUUUUUUUUUUUUUUUCUUCAGUCAAAAUACAUUUUGCUAUUUAUAGAGCAUAACAUUUCAUCAAUAGGACGUAGGUUGUCGAUUUGCACAAGCAAUGGAGUUACCAGAUACAUUUUGUGAUGAACAUACUUAUUGUCAUGAUUUCCAGUAAGCCAUGCCGUCUGCUUUCUAGUUUCACUAUCACCUUUUUUACUUCCUGUCUAUGUCCCCAUGUACUCACACAACUAUGUAUAUGUACAACACACACAUAUUUCACAUAGGUAUAAACUGCAAAUAUUGUUCAAAGAUUAAUUUGAAUUUACUUGUUCACGUUUUAGAACAAUUUCACAACUAGAAGAUACUGAAAGUCAACGAAAAGAAUUAGCCAAACAACUUCAAGACAGGGAAGCUAAAAUACUGAGUGAGUAAUUUGCUUUUCUGUAACUGGAUUAAAUACUAAUCAAAAUGUCAAUAUUUCUAGCUUUACUCUAUUCAGAAAAUAUUUUAUUCUGUUUUCUCAGGUGUGUGUAUAAUGAAUGAAAUUAUUUGAGUCUUGUAUUAUAUUCUCAUUCAUGCAAAAUAUUAGCCCAGACAAUGAGUGUGAAUACAUAUAACGUUUAUUUAGAUUAUUCUUGGCAUCUUAAUGAACUUUAACCACACUUUAUAUUCCUGCUGUGCAUUUGCCUAACCUGGCAUUCAAUACAGGGUGUCCCUGAUUACACUGGCCGUGAAAUUGCUUGCAGUAUUUUCUAUUGAGUGCUCAACCAGACCCGUAAUGUAUAUAAAGUUCUCAAUUAAUUUAUAUUACUGAUGGGGCUGUGUUUAAUACUGGUGGUAGCUGACAUCUCCACAGCUCUGAGCAGGGAGAUAAAAGCUCCUUACUUUAAAUUCAAAUCCUAAAUUAAACACUCUGGGGACCUUUACAUAAGAUACGAUCUAAGUGGAUACAUAUUUUCAGGAAAUGUUAAGUAAGGCUGUGUGAUUGACAGCCAAGGGAGGUGUUCCAAGGGCUACAGAUAUAGUAAUUUAACUCUUAAAUGAAAGAGCUUUGCGUAGUUAGAUUGCAGUGGCAUGAUCUAUGCACCAAAGCCAUUUUAUUAAGCAGAAGCUUUGGUGCUUAAACUCAUGCUUUUUCAGUAAGUGCCUCUAUACAUUGUAUUUAUUUUUUGUGGACUAAUAGGUAUUUCGUUAGUUUGCCUAUGUUUGUGUAUUGAUGGGUAGAUAUAGAUAUAUACAGUUCCAGUGUUCCAAAGAAGCCUUGAAGAUCUAUGUUACACACACUCCCAAAAUUACUCUUCUUUAUGAGAAACACUCACUUCCACUUUUAAAGAUCUAAAGCAGAUGUGACCAUGUUGGUUGUAUUAACCCUUUAAGAUAAGAGUUGCAUAAUCAUCAUUCAGUAAACAAAUAAAAUCAACCUGGAGACAUUUGCUGACCAUGUCCGUGCACACUCCAGCCAAUCGUUGACACUGCAUUAAUAUUUGUCAGCUGUGAAUCUUUCUGCUGCUUUCUUGAGAUCAGAGUUUAUUCAUUAAAUACAAAAUUGUAACUUGAAAACCACAUGCAAAGUUCAGGCUAAAUUAACCAAAAUGUGCUCCAAAAGCAGAGUUGGAGGUUUGACUCUUUUUAAAAGAAUGGGGGACCAAGGAGAUUGCCAGUACUGUAGUGGUUAUAGUGCUUUGUGUUUUCCUAUAGAAGCUGCUUUAUGUUGUUGUCCUAUUAUUAUUAUUUUAGAUUUGCAGCAGAAAGUGAAAGCACUGGAAGAGAAAAUCAAAUUGAAACAAAAAGAGAAAGAAGAUAUGGAGGAAACCAUUGACAUUCUCCGGAAAGAACUGAGCAAAACUGAGCAAGCAAGGAAGGAACUCAGCAUUAGGGUAGGAAUUAACAAGAUUUAGGGUAUCUGAUUUAUAUAUACAUAUACAACUGUAUUACAGAAUUGUAGUUUUAACUGACUGCAUAUCAUUAAAUCACAGGUAUCCUCUUUAGAAGUUCAAAAGACACAGCUUGAAGCACGUUUGGAAGAAAAAGAAGCAGUAGUAAAGUUACAGCAAGAUGAGUUAAACAAGCACUCUCACAUGAUUGCCAUGAUACACAGCCUUAGUGGUGGUAAACUGAACACAGAGAAUGUGAAUCUCAGCUUGUAGGACAUACGGACUGGAAUGCACGGAUGACGAUUUACUGAACAGAUAAAUAUGAAUGCUCAACUGUUCUAUAGAACUCCUUUUUGCUGUACACAACAGUCUGUUCUCAAGUCUGGUGUUCCUGGUCCCGUAAUAUUGGCUAUACUCUAUACGAUGAAAGAGAGAGACUGAUCAAUUCUUUAGCAAUCCCUUUUUCUUUUCUUUUUUUUUUCUUUUUUAUAUAUAACACAAUACUAAUGUACAGAAUAUAUUUUAAUUAUUUUAUGAACUGCCACAAUAUUGAAUUUCCUAAUGUGUCUGUUGCGUGGUAACCUUUUAUUUGUGACUUCAUAGUAAAAUUUCAUGCACAGCAGAAGAAUAAAUUAACUGUAUCCUAUCUUACCUGUGUAACUUUUUUCAACUUGGUACAACCUUCUUUUGGAUGCUUUUUUUUUUUAGAAAAUGAGUUAUAUUUUAUUAGUAUUUAUUUUAGGCCAUUUCAUUUACACAGGCACAUGCUGUAUAUUUGCAUAGCUUUAAAGCAAAGUAAUCCAUCAUUGUAGCAUAAACAAUACAAUAAAAUAUAUUGUUCUUACUGGACAAAAAUCAACCUUUUUCAUGGCUUACAUUUCUUACAGUAAACAAAUAUCAUUUUUAUGAUUUGUGUAGAUUUUAUCUGUUCCAGUAUGUGUGGCUUUUCUCUUUGCCUUCUAUAGACUUGUUUUGAUAAAUUGUGUAUCCC